GGCGGAAACAUUUUUUCGUUUUCAAAAUGGCACCAUCUCAAUCAGGAAGUGGAGAAAACAACUACGAAGAAUAAGUUGGAUAAAUAUCCUUAUUUGUAUGACUUUGACGCGAGUCUUCGUUCAAAAACAGCCCGUGUCCCUGGGAUUUGAACUGAGAACAAGUUACGCAUUGACGGUAAGUGUAAUAUGAGGGAAUAGUAAAAAAGGCAGUCGACACAUCGGCAGUAAGCGUAGAACAAGAUGCGUUUCAGGCAGCCUCUCCUUUGGGCGCGCACGUUUUCGACGACGGGCCAUGCCGGUGGUUAGGCAGCUGUCUUGGAUCAAACGAUUCCACUGUUAAAUGAGAAGAUUUGAGCGGUAGUCUUGGAAUGAAUUGAGAUGAAGCCAUUUGGGGACAGUGAUGUCAGACAAAACGAUGCUUAUUACUAUUGUUGGUGUACCACAGUUACAACGCAGACGUGAAGUCGGGCUCACAGCUAACCGAGCGGUGUAGCGCUUGUUAACAUCUUGUAGAAGUUAGAAUUCAGCUGACUUGCGAGUAUUAUACUUAGUUACAUCCCUUUGUGUAAGUGUAAUUCCUGUCUUUUACCUUUAUCGCGGGAUAUUUGGGAAAUAAACCGUAUAAAUCAACCUAGAGUCCUGUAAAUGUGUAAGAUUUGGCUUAGCACACCACAAAGCGACGCCACUCCAUCGACAAGCACAGAUGACGUGUAAAACGAACGUACCCAAAGUCAAAAAAAGAAAAAAAGACGGCUAUCAGCUAUGCUAACGCAGCUAGCACAAUUAGCUACCUUAAGUAUGCUUGCUUACUGGCAUAAAGCGAAGAAUGUUAUUUUAUUUAGCCGUGUAUUACAAUUUAUCGAGACAUUAAUGAUAGCUAACUAACGGACUUGGUCAGUGUUGAUAGAUCUCUUGUUUAUGCGUUAUAAACACCGUAUGCCGUUCGACAAGCUAAACAGUAGUGGCAGUCAUGUAUCGUUACAGCUUCGGCUGGCUUCCUUUGUGCUGUGCUGAGACCUGUAAUGUAUAUCUGUCUUUCCACGAAGGAAACAACGAUUCGAUUUAUUUGACUUUUCAACUAGAAGAAAUGUAACAAAGACACACCGUUGUGUGUGUGCAGUACAACGCAAAGGGCUCUAACAUAAAAUUAACGUAUUUGCUGAAGUUUACACACACCAGGGAACCCUUAGUUUGUUAUACAUUCAAGUCAAACACAGUUUUCCAAGAUGAUGCCACAGUAUCCCUCUAUCAUGAGAUAUAUAUUAAAAAAUAAUAACAAAAACGACACGGUUAAAACACUAGGAAUUGCAGUUUUUGCAUUGGGAUUUUCUAAACUUUCAGCAGAGUAUGCAGUGGUUGGAGUAAUGGUAGUCUUUAUAAACUAGAUGUUCUGUGUACAUUUUCCAAUAUUUCCCGUUAAAGUAUGUGGUGCUGAAGCCAUAUGUAUAAAUAAACUUUAGAACCAAAUAAUUGCGAAACAUUUCACCACUAUGCCAUCAUGGCAUGCCUACUCCAGAGCUACAGUUAAGGAUAAACAUGCCAGCCUUUUUAUGUAAUAGCUACAGUAUUUUCAGCUAAAAAUAGUGGACUAUAUAUGUCGGGAUGAUUCAGAAUUUUUUAAGAGUGACCAGGAAAUGAGAAUGGACGUCCCCUGUUUACGUUUUCUUUUCUACACUUUUCAUCUUAAGUUUCCAGUGUGGGGUUCUGCAUGCAACUGAGGCUAGUUUGGCCUCCUGCUAGCCUUGACAUGUUAGAUUGCUAUGGUGACUAGCUAUUCUAUAGCUAUUUUGUGAUGCCAUUCUUCAUUUGUUGAUGGAUACUAUUUGUUGACUUAAAAGUGAAUGCAAUGUUUGCUUCUUGGCAAGUCAAUGGCCUUGAUGUCAAAUCCCUCUUUCAGGUUUUAUCCCCAAUUCAGAGAAUGCUAGCAACAGACAGGCUGUUAAACCUUCGGGGUGCCAUGCCAAUUAAACACCCAAACCCAAACUUUAUAAAUUAUCUUCAACCUAGGUUUUGCAACAACUACAUGCUUGUAAGAUGCUUGUUCUCAAAGACAACCCUAUAGGCGGGAAAUUGUGCCUUUUUUGUUUUGCUAAGAAAGAUGUGUAUUUUUAAAACAGUGUAUAGGAGGGAUAGACCAAUCAUUUGCACUUUGACAAAAUGGUACCAGCAUCGGCCCUCACAAGGCUGAGAUCACCAUACCCAUCACCCAUCAACAGCAUAUCAAAUCCAAAAUAAUCAUUGACUGGUGUAAUCAUAUUACACUGUGUCGCAAUAUCUAGUAUUGACAACAAUAUCAGCCAGAUCUAGCAGUCUAUAGCAUAACCCCAUAUCUGUGUCUCUUUAUCAAAUCAUCAAAAAAUAUCUAAAAUAUAUGACUGGCUAAGACAAACAUACAUUACAGUUUGAUUUAUUGUUUGCUUCAGUUCAGCAAUUUUGUUUUUUAACCUGUCAGUUUCACUGUUGUAUUUUGUCAAAAGACAAAAAAGAACAAAAACAAUGCAAUAUCUGCAUUAUAUGUCAGUAUUUUAUGUUUAACCAUUUGAAGUAGAUGGAAAUGCCUCCAUUCAAGGUAACUCCUGAACAGGGAUUGUGUGUUAAUGAAUGUGUGUGAGAGUUAGAUUGUGCGGUUGUGCUGCACAGGCCCUAAUUUCACUGUGACAGAAGACUGACAGCUGCUGCCCUGCAGUGACUCUGAGGGUCACAGUCUUGUAGCCUACAGGAACUGAAAGGAUGAACACAGAGAUAAUGGAGUAUUUCGCAAAGCAGUCUGGGCAGUUCAAAAGAACCAGAGCAACAUCUGAAUUAUGCAUUUCCAUAAAGGUAAUGUCUGGUGCUGGUUAAUUCCAUUCAACAAUCCCUGCUGCGAUUUCUAUGAAAUGUUAUAUGUCUUUGUAUCUCUGUGAUUUGGUAUGAUCCAACACUGGCUCGAGCCCCCUGCUCUCUGUGACUUGGCCUUCGUUCUUCUUUCUUCAUCUUUGCUGGCUUUUUUUCCACCCCUCCCCAAUUGGUGCCAGUGAUAAAUCUCAUUUAUGGCCUGUGGGCUGAUUUGAGUGAGAGUGAAAAAUGUGGAGUGGAGGAGGGGAAACGGGGCUAGGUAAUACAUUUGAUUCAGUUCCUGCUUUCCCAGAAUCUGGCCUUCAUUAGAUAAUAGUUCAUGUAUUAAACAUAACGUGGAUGUUUGUUUUGUCAGAAGACAGUGAAGGAACAAGGGACAGUUGUUGAGAAUAUGUGACCAUAGUGUUGUUCUUCACUGUGACAAGGAACAAACUGAUCCCUAACAAUGAGCUGUUGAGUAUCCCAUGUCCCAAUAGUAUCCAGAUCUGAAGGGUAUGUGGCUGUCUCAGGCUGCAUAGAGCUGUGUGAGAGAUGACUGAAACAGGAGUGCAUGCCACACACUGGUGUUCCUGACUGUGCUGCUUCAUGGUCUUAGGUGGAAAAAGUGUGUCAACAUCCUUUUUGUGAAACCAACCAGGAAUCAGGAAGCAUAAGAAAAAUAUUAGUGUCCACGUCAGUGAAGGAUUCAACAUCUUUAGUGUCAUUGUGUCAGUUAAAAGUGUUACUGUGGCUUUUUACCAUUAAUGUGUAAUUAUCAAGGAAAGAAUUGAAAGAGAGUGAAAAGUGAACGCACUGCGCCUUGUCCUAAACUCUCAGCUUGACCGCAAAUUUUAAGGAAAUCAGUUUACUGUAAAUCUCUCAAAUCUUCUUGAAAGAUGCAGUAAUACACAAUCUUAUGUCAGUUUCACUUCUGUACUCUACCAGGUGUUAUGGCAAGUGUAAACACAUCUUGAGUGCCUCCACACAACAGGUUCAAAGUGUCCUGUUGUUGAGGAAAAAAGCAUCAAGUAAUGGAUUAUCCUAACACUAAUUCUUUUUAUUUGGAUUUUCAUGUGUUUGUUCUCUGAAAUGGCAAAAGGCUGUGAAACGGUUGAUUUUCAUUGCCACUGUGGCCUCGAGACCAAAGAAUGUACUCCUGUUUGUAAUGAGUUUAGAAUUGUCAUUUACAAACAGUACAGUGUGACUAAAUAUUUGCCAUCCUUGUUUUUCCAAAAAACGGACAAGGAUUUAAUCCCCAGGAUAUUUAUGUCCGUUAGGCUAAGAGGAGAUCUUGUUUGUCACGAAACAGACAGAAACCAUAAAGUUUGUUUUGGUCAGGCAUACAAAGCUUCUCCCAGCCAAUUCAGUUUCAUCUGCACCCUGUCAUUUAUAAACCUCUUUUUCCUACCCCUGCACAGAGGCAUACAUUUUUUAAUACAUAUAUUUUAACCUACUUUACAGUAAUGUAACUAGGCUACAAUGCCAUAGCAGGUAUGGAUGAAUAUGUGUUUUAGUUUUGUUGUAUUAUCUUUUUUAAGGUAGGCAACGAGGUGAAGUUGGUUGUUUUUCUUUGUCUUUCAUUGUUUGGUUAAAGGCAAAAGGUAGAGAUAUAGGUCAGAUCUUUCAAAAGAUUAAGUGGGUUUUGGUCAAAGUAAAAUGGGUGCUGGCAAGCAAAGCCACAUUCAUUUCGCAUGAGUGGCGUAAUUUGGAAUUUAGACUUCUUAUGAAAGGUAGCCAUGUUACGUGCAUAACCAGGCCAAGGGGGAUUAAAGUGUGAUGCACAAUAAAAAACUGUAAGUCUGAAAAUAAUGAGCUUGUAAAUUAUCCAAAUAGUCUGUCUGCAUCUGAUAUGAAUGCUUAACGGUUAAGACCCGAUACAUCGUUGUAUGAAGAUAACUACAGACAAUUUUGAACAGAAUAUGAACUAAAAGAGACUUUUAGUUAGAAAUCACAAAUAAAUCUUGUCAAUGAUCUGUGGAAGCUAGACUACUUAAGUGGUCAAUAUUGUUUUUCAACAGCCAAUGAUAGGGGCUUAAUAGCCAGUAUAUAAUGCUAAUAUUACUUUCAUUUAUUUAUCGAUCGAUUGGUUGAUUUUUGAACAGCAGGCAAAAGGGGCUUACAGGAAAUAAUUUUUCCAGCUCUGUGUUGUUUGUCAUAAAAGUUUGGUCUUUAUAAUACAUUUCUCUGUCAAGGUUUUGUUUACUACUUGACUUCCUGGCCAUGCACCAAUGCUGUUCAACCACCCGCUCAGAACCUGGCGUACAAACACAGUUUCAGUUCAAUUGAGCUGCAUGCAUGGACGUGAACAUCGCUCACCAACCAUACUGUCCGUGUAUGUUAGUCCCGCCAUGAGAAGUUCACUUUCAGUGUGAUUUCAGUCAGACUAACAUUUUAACAUCCAUUGAAAGUCUGGUUUUAGUCAGAAUAUUGCAAUAAAUCAAUUAUAUUAAGUGCAUGUAAACAUUCUGACUUGAUAGGGUUACAGCGCUGGCUAGUGUUGGGUGGUUGCCCAACAGCUUAGACACAUAUAUGACGAUCAUCAAAGACCAACAUAAAUAAAAAUAUUACAAACUAAUGUAUGUAAUCCCAGCACCAACUAGAAAAGGUGACAACGUUUACUCUUUUAGUCAGCUAAAUGGGCAUACUUCUCAUGAGAACGACCAUGGGUAAUAAGACUUGAUAGCCAUGUUUCUGGGGGUUUGCACAGAUCUUGAAAUGCAUGCUAAAGCUCAUCUGGUCUUGUGCCCUUCUAUUUUUCUUGAUUUUAAUAUUAUUUGAUUUAUUUAUUAAGAUCAGUAGCACUAAACUGGUUUUAGCUCUGUUUGAUUCUCUUUUAUUCUUAAUUGCAACUUACUGUCUAACAUGUGUUUUUCCAGAAAAGAAACUGAAUGUAGUUCAGCAAAGUGGCACAAAGUGGCACAGCAAGAAAGGUAGACACAGACAGGCUCCCUGUCGCUGUGCGUGUGGUGCAAUGUUCUCACGCCUGCCAGAGCAGCGAGGUCAGUCUGAGUGGAAUAGAGCAGUGUCUGGAUUUGAACACUGGCAGGGCACAGUUCAACAAAUUGAAACUGAAUUUACUGUCCUUUGAAAUUUUCCAGCACAGAUAGAAGAAUAUUAUAAUUCUCAAUGUUUGAAGAGUAUAAACCACAAAAACUCUAAUAUGCAGAUUUGCCCCGGUUUCUUAUUUAUAAGAAUAAGUGCCUCCAGUUUCUCUUGGGUCAUUUGCAUGUGGACAUUUGGAACUGUGUUCAAGUUUUUUUGUUUGAUCUCAGCAGCUUUGAUAACCCUGGCAGUGUAUCCUAAAAUACUGUCCUUUCCUUUUCGCUCCAGUUGAGCAGCCCAAAUCUUUGCUCCCUAGCGCUGUGUUGUUCGCUUGUGAAAUGGGCAUCUGAUAGCUUGUGCCCGGUGUUAUGAGUGACUCUCUGAAUAACCAGGACUGAGAGGGUUGGGCAAGGGGUGGAGAUUUGGAUUUGGGAAACCAGCUGCAUCCUAUCAGCAGCAGAAUCCAGACUGGGGGUCAGACUAGGUGAGAGGCAACAGCCAUCAGCAGGAGAGAGAAAGAAAAAAAGAACAUAAGGAAAUGGGGCCAUGGAGACAAAGUAAGUAAGAAAAUGGCGAAGAGAGGAAUUGUGUAAAAAAGGAAAAAAAAAAAGAAAGAAAGAAAAAGGAAAGUAUUGUGAUGAAAUUGUUAAGUGGUCAAACAGAGAGUGAAUACUGAGGUUGUGAACUGUGUAUUGUAUGAGGGUGACAGGAAAGAGUAGGACAUGCUCCACAGUUUCAAAUGUUACGAGGGUUGGUAUUCCUUUUCAACAGGGGUGUUUGAUAAACCCUUAGAUAAAUCGAGCAACCAUAAGAAAACCUGGUAAUCAAGGAGCAGUGCUUCUUUAAGUAGACUGAUCUACAUUACUACGCAGCAUUGUGUUUAAUGCAAAAGAUGCAUGUUUGUGUUUGGUUAAUGAAGUGUAUGUAAGAUUAAGAGACUAGGUCAGCAUUUCACAGUAAAACCAGUAAGAUAACUACCAUGUGGUAGAGUAAAGGUGAUUGUUUCAGUUUGUUUAUUUAUUACAGAUCCAACCUGACUCAGAUUUAUACUAUGGAGCAGUGAAACAUCAAUCGAAAUUUAAAUAUUUGUAUUUCUGUUGCACCUGAAGCUUGGAAAAGACAGGUAAUCAGUUCCUCCAGGUUCAGGCUGUUUGUUGUCUUUCAGAUAGAGGCUCUGUAAAAGAGGGACACAGAAAGGAAACACAGUUUCUCACAUUGCCAAAUAAAAAAUGCACAUAUACUUAAACAGUGUAACACAGUGUUCAGAGAACUACACCUACAGUUAGAAUAAUCGCUGCAUCUUUAAAUCUUAAUGCUUAGUUUGUUGGCUUGAUACUGACACAAACAAUAAAUGACCAUUUACAGGCAAACUGAAUUAGCAACAUGAUCCUGCUAAUUCUAGUCCUAAAAAGGAUCUCAUUUGUGUUCAUAGUUUUGGGAAUGAGGAUGUUUAUGCUUUCAGCUAGUGGGUAGAGCAUUUUCUUCUGGGUCACUUUUUCUCACUCAGCUGUUUCCAUUCCUUUCCAAAGUUUCUGCCGACCCUGAUCUCUGCAAUGUGAUUGGCUGUUCUUGAUUUUCUUCUUUCUUUUCCUCUUGUAGUAGAAGAGUGGUGUAUUUUAGGAUUUCAUCAAACAUUUGUUAUACUUCUAUUGAGGAAAAUAUAUAUUACAAGUAUCAUAUGGUAUUAACACCCAACACUAAAUAAAGCUGCAUGUCAAACACAGACACCCCCAAAGGCGAUGCACAUCUUGCUUCUUAGUCUUUCCAAUAAAAGCAGUAGUUUUCUUUAUAUAAUUUUUGUGGCUUGUAAUACAGGCUUUUAAAAAAGAUCUAAAUACUGAACUUAAUAAAGGCUGAGACAGAAAUAGUCACAAAGAAAAUUAUGCUUAAGUUACAGAUAUAGUAAUGAGAAGCUUAGAGCAGAAACAAUGCCCUACACAGUUAUAACAUGUUUUGAGCGAAACACCUUUUCAUAAUUAAAGUCAAUCCUUUUCAUACAUCCAGUACCAAGUGUGUAUAUUUGUGAAGGUUAAAUAAGAUACUGUUUGCUCACCUGACUAGUUGAACCAGAGCAGGAAAAGGUGAAGCACUGUCCUGCAUGUGUUUUCAUUGUUUGUUCUUAGGAAUAAGAUGACAGGAGAAAAGAGAAGGAGCAAAGAGGAACCUAAGUGGAUAUUGUUCUUCUCUGAUCUAGUCAGCCUUUGAUCUGUGUCUGGUUGGUGCUGCUGGUAGUGGAACAAGUUGAGGUGUUUCCUCCUGAGUGAGUUUCAUCAAGCCUUUACAAACUUUCUCACCACCUCUCUGCCAAAGGCUCCAUCUGACACCUCUGCGCCCACCUGUUCUUUCCUUUUUGCGACCUUUUACCCUUUGUUUACAAUGACAAAGUCCCCCUUUUAGCCACACAAGUUGAUUAAGUUCCCCUUUUACUUAUAUGUCAAUUUUAAGUGUCUUCCAGCGGGUGUUUGUGGUCAUGAAGAUAUUCAUUAUCAGAAUAAAUUGCUUUAUAGCCACUUGAAGAGCAUCUGAUUGAGAUGAAUUAUUUCUUUGUCAAACGCUCAGUCUUUGAAAGCCCGCUUCUCAGUAAGACAAAAUUAUUUAAAUAACUAUCAAAUGUGUCCUGUGUCACGUCCCAGGCCAGAGAACGACUGAUAAAUAUUUGAACAAGCGAAAUGCAAUAACAACAGGCUCUUACACCCAAUUUGUUUCCAUUUCCCGGCUUUUGAUAAGACAGCAGAUAGACUUGUACAGUCAUUCGAUCAUUAUUCUCUAUCCAGUCCUCCCCGGUCACUGAGCUGUUCACAGCUCCUUUAUGAGAGUGUCUGUGAUACUGAAUGGAAAUUCUGUUUGUGGGGUGGGAAACAGGAACAGAUUGGUAGCUAAUGUCUAUGUCCUCCCAUGUAUGUGCUUAAGGGCAUAUGUUGUUUGUGUGUGUAUGUGUGUGUGAGUGCGUGUGUGUUGCUUUGCUUGCACAGGCUAGUAUAGGCCUUUGUGUCAAUAAAGGUGGCGUUUAAUAAUGUAGGCUGUUUUGAAUGACAGAGCGCUGCGCUUCCCUGGGAAGUAACUUGUUCCUUUUAUGAAUAUUUCAUCACAGCCUCUAAUGACUCCAGACACUGGAGGCAAUCAUAACCAACUAACAGGCCCCCUGCUGCUCGGUGUAGGGCAGCUGGACUCUGAUCACUUCUAACCUGAUUACUGGGGAUGCUGAUGGAUUCAGAUUGGGGAUGAGUGAGCGUCGGUACUGGAUUGAAAGAGUCUCGUCAAACUCAUGUUGGUAGAGAGAUGAAGAAAAACAGAAGAGGGACAAAUCCAAAAAGGGGGGUGUUAUUAGGGCCCGACCUAUUUAUCGGCGAGCCCAUUAAAUCGUCCAAUUUUAGCCUGUUUAAGACUAAUCGGUAAUCGGCCAAAACUCACCAAUAUUUUCAGAAGUAAAAUGCAGAGAAUAAGAUGUGGUUUCACUUGAAAAGUUCCUCAACUCGAGCAGCGACCUCAUGACAAUCUUCAUCCACUAAUUACCUCACAGCACAGCAGAGUGAAGGAUCUGAAACAGGCAGCUCAGGGACGCACGGAGGAGAGUGGUCCGCCUCAACGGUAAAUAAAGUAGUUUGUGAAGUAUACCAUAAGUCAACAAGUUUCAGUUCAACCCACUUCACGUUGUUCCCUGCUGUGCUGGUCUCGGUCACGCCAAGUUAACGGUGAAGCACUAUGUAAUAUGCUAACUAAAGUUAGAGUUAGCCAUAUGCUAUUAGCCUUACUGCACUGUUAGCCGUACAACUAACGGAAGAAUAAACAAUAAUACAUAUUACAUGAUCGAGCUACUUCUCUUACCGAGGCAGCUGCAUGUCUCCAGAUGAGACCUGAAAUGAGUAUGUUAAUAUGUUGAUAAAUUACUUAAAUUAACAAAAUUUUAAAACUUCAUACAAAAUUUAAAAAAUCGUUCAAUUAAUCAGCAAUCUGAUUUUUUUCCUCCCUUAUAAUCUGUAUCGGCAUCGGCCCCAAAAAAUUCAUAUCAGUCGGGCCCUAGCUGUUAUGUCAGAAAAAUAUGUUUACUACUCAUACACCCCCACUGUAUCGAUUGCAUAUUGAAAUUGCAUUCAAACGUCAACAUAAUGUCAUGUCUCCUUUUUUCUUGGCCUGUCAUAGCUUUUUCCCGACCUCAAACACGAAAGCAGCAGUUUUGUCUGAAUUACUCUGAGCUCACAGAGCGCUUUCCAGACACAAAGAUUUCAGCAAAUGUUAAUGAAACAAAAUCACAGAAUGAACCAAGUUUCAGUUUCAGUCAUUGCCUGCACAUCAGAACAAAAUGCCCUGUGUCACAUUUUGACAGCUUCAUCAAGUAAAAUGGAAUUGGAAACUAUCUGUGGAGUGUAUCCACCGAGAACGCCCUGAGAGCCACAUGAGGCUGAUUUUGAGAAUGCGGUUAAUGAAGAUGAAGCAGAGCUUUGUGUCAGAGGAUUUUCUGUGUACUCUAAGAAGGAUUUACUAUAGGGGUAUAAAGAAAAUCAGCAAGACAUGAAUGACUCAAAGCAGAAACAUGCCUGUUAGAUGAUUGUGAGGCCACAACUGUCAACAGGUCAAAAGGGAUAAGUUUAAAGUUCUGAAUCAUUAUUGUUCUUCAAUAUUACACAGUGUUAAAGUUUUCCACCCACAGUAAAGCGUUUUUUAACCAAAGAAACAUCUAAAUGUGGAGACUGUGUGGAAAGUGUGGGGGGUUAUUUCCUUUUGACACCAUGCUAGCCACUCCCUUAAGUUACAAAUGCGUACCUGCUUGUAUUUUGUGGUCAAAGUAUGCAUGUUUUAUUAAUUGAACACCUUCAGGGUAAACUCUCGUCCAUGACAAGAUAGCUGCACUCUCAGAAUACCUUGUUUGUGGAAGUUUGAUCAACACUCCACAUGUGCGCGUGAGAUGGCCAGGCAGGGUGGUGUUUCUCCUCGUGAGCGCUAAUCGUGACUUAGCAGCUUAAGGAAGUCACACUUCCCUAGAUGAUCCCCAUGUGCUCUGGCCACCUCUGAUAUCCACCAAAGGCCACCAACAUGUACUCCUCUCCUGGUGCAGGGUUUGUUUUGCCUCCUACCUUACCAACUGGCUAACAAAUGUUGGAUGUUCAGUCAAAAUCUGACUCUGUAAAUCAACAUCUUGUGUGUUUGAAGUGACAGACAUGUUACUUGUUAACCUCUGUCUGGCUAACCGACAGGAACAGUGACUCAUACAAACCCAGGGAACCAAAUGGCAAGUCCAGAAGCCACAUAGCUAAAAAAAAUACAGAUUUUAACAUCUCUAAAUCUCAGUGUUGCUCAAAUAAAUCACCCUGUGUAUUUUGGCAUGUUCAGCACAAAUAUAUGGCUUGUUUCAAUUCUUAAAGGCUGUACGAUUACUACCCAUAAAAUGGCCUAAUCCCUCCUACAGUGAGCUUAAAAUUGCACCAGGCCACCCACAGAGAGAGGUAGAGGGAGACACACAUGAGAGGGGGGUUGUGCAAAAAGCAGCAGUAACCUUUGAAGUAAUUAGCAGAUUUAGCAGAUUACUCUGCGAGGGCUUCUCUGUCUCGCUUACUCUCACCCUUUCAGUGCCCCUUUGUGAUAAAGGUUUACGUAUUACUCUAAGAGAAAAUCCAAUCUAUAUUAGCACAGAGGACACUUUAUGUCAACAAGUUCUUAAACAAACAUGGAAAAGUUUCUUCUUUUUGACCAAGUGCUCUAAUACCACUGUUUUGCUACUCUUUGGUGAAUGAACUCAUUGUGCGACUUCACUGCAGUGAGCACAUUGUGUUCUUAUCUUUUUUUUUCUUACUUUUUCCCAACCUCCUCUCUCUACUCAUAGCUUUCUUCGUCACCUUCAACACCCCCACCUCCUUGAAGAAGUAGUAGGGUCUACUGCUGUCCUAAUGUAACAUAAUGCCAGGCCCUACAAGAAGGAGAUCUUUUGGACCACUUUUACAGUGAUCAGUAUCAAUUAUCCUCAAGAGCUUGCUGUGAGGGUUGGGGGUUUGGGAACAGGAGACAGCGAGAGAAAGACAUUUUUCUGUUGCUAGGAGACAGUAAAUGGCAUGGUUCAGGAGGGACAGGGGAUAUGGGUGAUCAAAGUAUUGGUGGACAGGCUAGAAAUACAGCAGCUGGCACAUUUAUUCAACGGAUUAUCAAGCUGUUGUAUUUUCUGAUAUUUACAGUAAUGUUUAUUGACAAAAGCUUUCCUCCACUCUAUAAAAACUGACAUUUGACUGGUUAUGUAAUCAUUCAGUUACUACAGUUUUAGUUUCAUAUGCAUCACUGCUAAACCACAGAAUUCAGUGGAAUCAAACAGAAUGCACUAACAAAAGUUUCAGUCAAGUUUCCUACUUUUGCUAAUCCACGCAACAUCCCUCUUUUUUUAUUCUACUGCUGAUUGUCUUUUCUCAUAGUACUUGAUUGGUCCUUAACACGAUUGGUGUUGAAUUUAACAGUCCUGCUGCACCAAGACGGCUUCCCAAGGCUCUCAAUACACACUCACAUCCUGCUGCGAGCUACUUUGCUUCCCUCUGCCCUGCCUUCAUCUGGAUCUCAGAAGCACAUGCUGUCUAUAUGUAUAUUCAGAAAAUAUCUCAUUUCCUUUUGCCGGAGACUUCCUACCUGCAACGCUUGCCAAAUGGUUCUUUGCAUUGGGCUUUUCCCCAUUUGCUUAACCCUUAUCCAUCCGGUAUCAUGCUGGCAGCCUGAGGGUAACAUAGCCGCCUUCUCUGUGUCGGCUAUGUGAAUGUUGACAAUGUUUGGUCACACACACACACGCACUCAUUCAAAUGCACAUACUUAGACACACAAAGCCCCGUUAUUUGGACCCUCAUAAACUCUAUAAGGAUUUAUUACCCCAGCUUUGUCCUCAGUGAACACGUCUGGCCUGUUCCUGAUAGAAAGCUAACCAAGGGAAGGAUUGGAGAGGGGAAGGGAGGUAACGGUGUGAUUAGUUUGGGCCAAAGGGGUGUUACUGACGCUACACAGAUGUGCAUUGUGAGGUGCUGGAAGACUGGAUAGAUUUGGUAGUCAAACUUGAUGGGAUUUAACCACUUGUAAAUCUUUCAUUCCUAACACAACAUGCGAUUCUCUUUUUUUAACAUUGAGAGGUAGAAAAUGUUGGCCUCUAUAAAGUUAGAGAUGUAGGUGUAUGAAAUUUGUGAUCUAAUGGAAACAAAAGAAUGACACCCGCAUAAAAGAGUUAGAUGAAUAAAAAGCAUUGUUAGCAUUGCAGGAAGUCCAACCAGUCUAGUCCAGCCAGUCACACCUGUAAUUAUAUUAAGAAAACAGAAAAUGUCAUUUGUUGUGACAGUGAGAGCCUUUAAUAGUUAUGAAAAACUAUUUAAGUGUAUCAGAAUGAAGUCCAAAACACAAAAAUAAAAAUUACUAACAACAAUACUGUCCCAUAAAUACACCAGCUCCCUCUGUGCCGAUCUCCUGCAGUGACUUUGAUUGGUCCUUAUAUUGAAUGUUCAGUGAUGUCAGAUGAAGUCCAGCCAUUGAGAGCUGUCUUUCAGUGUAUGCAUAUGUUGAUGCUGCAUUUUGUAUAAGAAUUAAUUGUAGUUUGUGUAAUUUAAUUUUAUCUUGAUUUCCAAGUUCAUCGUUUUGACUGCGAUGCUCUUCUUACAUUAUCAAAUGAGGGCAGCGUGUUUUACAAAGUGCCUUUAUUCACUUCGAUAGAAUGUUGUUUUGUAUUGAGUUCCAUUUUAUGAGUUGGAUAAAUGAAUGUUGUAUGAUUUUGGAAAAUCAGGAAGAUUUCUAACAACUCUUUUUCCUCUCUUUCUCUUUCUUUUUAUUCCACUUUCUUCCGAUGUCAUCCUCAGGUCAUGGAGAGCAUUUGCCCGUGUUAGAAACACUAUCUCGCACACAGCCAGCACGUGGGUGACAGUCGGAUGGUGUGUAUCCUUAGUCAGCUGCUGGUCAUGUGUGAAUCUGUGGUCUGAUGCCCACCCUCCCCACAGCGCUGGCCAUGGACGGGGAGAACUACCUGCAUCCAGAAGGCCCUCAGCUAGACAGCAACUUGUUCUCUAUGGCCUCCUCUAACGUGGAGGUAUGCCAUUGGUUUCCAUCAGUUUAUAGUUUGAUGCCAUGUUAAAUAGCUGUCAGGUUUACUAUUUUUACUUAUGGUCAAGUCCAAGUGAAUUAAGUAUGUAUGCAAAUGCCAUUCAUCUUCAUUUAUGGAGUAAAGAUUCGUGUCUGUAGUUUAUGUAUCAUUUCGGUAUUUUCAAGUUUUCUUUCACACAGCAUAUUCCUAAUAUAUAAAAUAUAUAGAAUUUUGUUUAAGGUAUGUUUAUAGGUACUUUUUUGUGAUAUGGGUUCUUUUGUUAAUUGUCUGAGGCAUCAUCUGUGCAACCUGAAAAUUGGGUCCCAGCUGUUCCAAUAGACUUUAUAUAGUUUUAAAAAGUAUUCACAGUUAAAAAUCUGAGCAUAAGUGUGUGAUACUUUUGGUUUGCAUUACAGUUAAAUGGAAAUUAGUAGAAAGGAAGUGAUAUUACUUGUGGUAUUAAUUGUCAGGCUGUGUUUCUUAGUAAAAGUGAUAUUUCCAUGAUGUAGAUGAGACCAAGUACUCAGGGGUCUCUGUACCAGAGUUUCUUACUUAUCUCUAUUGGAAUCAAGGCAAACAGAGUAUUCAGGUUUUUGCUCCAUGUUUUUAAGUAUAUGAAUUUUAACUGUCACUUUCAUACCUUUAAUUAAGGACGAGAAAGAUUAAACUGUAAAAUGUUCAUCAUUUAAGGUAUAGUCUGUGUGUCCAGUUUCUAUAUAGUGUGUUUACUGACAGUUACCGGGUUUAAUUUGAUGACAGUGAAACUAAUUAAGCAACAUUUUAUGGAUAGAUAAGGUGUAAUGUAAAAAGGUGUAAAUGAUAGUGUUUCUUCUCUUUAUCUCUUACUGCUACUACUUCCAAGUAUUAAAAAUAUACGACAAAGUAAUGUAUGUUUUGUAAAAGACAGUAUUCUUUCUGUUUUGUUUUUAGAGUUCAAUAUAUGCCUCCUCUGAUUCCUGGGGAUCCUUCUCUCAGCAGGCUGGAUACAGCAUACACUGCCCUAUGCAAUCUGGAAACCAGUAAGUAGACAUCAAUCCACAAACAUACCAGACCACAUUUAUUAGAGUUGUGAAUGAUGUAAACAUGGCUUGUAAAGAGAUAAUAACUUGUUGCAUUAAGCACGUGUUAAUACUUUGUGGCCAAGACAUUUCUGAACAAACAUCCCGCUCAGUUUUCACAGAAGGUGACGACCUUUAGGAUGAAGGCUUUCAAAACAUAAAACUGAUUGACAAAGACUCACGUUAGUUUCACUCAUGUAAUCACAAAAUGUCCCAUCAGUCCCAGGACUCUCAGGUGUUGUAGCAGAAUAUCGAUGGAGUUAUUCUGAGUGCGGUUUGAGUGUGUUAUUGAUGUCUUCAUAUAGGUGUGUGUAUUAAAUCAGUGCGUUACACCCAGGCAUGACAAACAUACACACCGCUGCUGUAUUCAAAGAUCUUUUGAAAAAUCACAGAUACUUUUGUGAAAAUAUUUAUCCAGAACAGUAUAAUUUUUAUUAACAGUGGUGUUUAAGAUGAGAAAAAGAUUUACAGGAGGAGUAGAAUUGCUUAAUAGAAAGAAAUGCAUGUUUGUUGGAAACGUGAAUGGUCAGUUAGGACAUGCUACAGUCUGUUACUGCAGCUCUGACGGAUAUAGUUCAAGGUUUUAUAGAACAAAGAGUUAAUUUUAGCCAUUUUUUUAGGUCUGUUUGGAUCACAUUUGAGUCUUUUUCAGUGCUUUAUAGUUUUGGUUUAGUUUCAGUUAGUGACAACUGGAAACAUUGUAGUCUAUUUUUAGUCCAAAAAUGUUGAAGCACUUGUCUAAUACACUGUAUGGAUUCCUUCCUGUAGUUGCAUCAUUUUUGUCUAGAUACUCCCACAGUGCGAUGCAAUGCUAUGCUAGUGUAUUAUAUAUAGGUAUAAGUGGUAGUAAAGAGAAAUAUUUCUUUGUCUAAGUGAAGAAACAGAGCACUCUUUCUAUCUCUUACAAUCUCUGAACAUCAUGCCUAUGAUUAUUUUCCUCAAACGCAAAAGAAAGUGCAAUUAGCAUACAUGUCUGAACAGACAUUCAGCUCACCUGGCUGUGCUUUCUGACAUAUAUCUAAAGCAAAAAAACAGCAUCAACCAUUAAUCUAAUAUCAGCUGGUUGUGGCUUUUUGUUACUGACAUGCACAGGAAAAUGAGUUAUCAGUGACUAUGAGAAAGAUGGAUGGAAGACACUAGGGCAUGGAGAACUUGUUACGACAAUACACUUGUUGCCAAUAAGUACCAAAUUAACACUGUAACCCUCGAUUAAUAAGCCUGUUACAGGAAUUCAUGGUCUGAAGGCAGAUCAGACACAAAGCAGAGGUAAACAGUCCACCACAAUUUUUAUAAUCAGUGAUAUAAUUUUAGCUGCUCAUCAUCUCAUCUUUGUCAUGAAAGAAGUUGAUUAACAAACAUUUAUUGUCAUAGUUUCUGUUAACAGAAUGAAAAAGUCCUGGUGUUAACCACAACCACUCAUCAAUUCACAUACCAAGUCUUGUUGAUUCAACCCUACUGAUUUUUAUUACCCACAUUAAUACAGGCCUACUGUUCAUGUUCAUGUAUCCAUCACUUUGUCAUCUCAUCAGUGUAAUCCUCCACAUAUGAACAAUAACACAAAACCUGAUCUUUUUGAUUCAUGAAGAAAGUUGGCUUCAGGUGCUACAUUUUAAUUUUAGAUUUAUUUAUUUAAUUUUAUUAUUAUUAUUAUUAUUAUUAUUAUUAUUAUUAUUAUUAUUAUUAUUAUUAUUAUUAUUAUUAUGUAUUUAUUUAUUUAUUUAUUUAUUAUUAUGUAUUUAUUUAUUAUUAUUUUUAUUAUUUUUUAAUAUUUUGAAUUUGAAACAUAGUCUGAUCACAUUUUCCCAUUCUUUUAAUCUGAAGUAAACCUGCAUAGUUGAACCAAUCUAUCCCUUUUACCAUGUCACUAGACCACCAUCACGCAUAUCUGGGGGUGGUCUCUCUUAUCAGACAUCGACCAUUUCCUGUAGUGUGUGGCCUUGUCUUUACUGGACUCGUUGGGUUAAUCUUGACAUCUUUCAACUUUGCUCUGUUUUUAUGACCUCACCACCCUUAGAGAGCGAAGAGAUGCUUAUCCCUUCUCUCCCUCAUAAGGUGGCGUGUGCAUGCGUGUGUGCCUGGGUCAGUGAAAAAAGUGAGGUAGCAAGACGUGUGAUUCCAGGGCUUUGCAGCAUCUCAUCUAAAACAGCAUGAGCAUCCCUCUAUAGAAGCUGCAGUCUUGUCCGUGGCCACAGUGUAUCUAUUUAUCCGGAAAGCGACUGUCACAGCUCUGUGCACCUCCAGUAUCCCAAACACAGCUGUAUCAUUUUCACUUUUGUCGACAUGCAAAUUUCUUUUACAUGGGUUUGCAUCAGGUGGAGCUUGUAGGAUCUUUGCUCAUCUUUUGUGUGCUGGUGUUAUUUUUGGCGCUUGAAGUUGCUUCCAGUGGUGUGGACAUUAAAACAACAUCUCAGCGUCUCUGAAACUAGUGUGAAAAAAAUUUAUACAGCAGCAUCAGAUAGUUUAGGGAGAGAAACAAACUAAACUUUAGUUACAUUUUAUGUGUUUCCUGCUCUUAAACUGAUCAAAAGUCAGGAUAGCUGACAGUGUCUUCAACAGUUUUUUAUGACUUAUCAAAUUUUUUGGAUUUCUUUUUUAUAUCGGGUGGUCAUCACGUAUCUUCUUCCAGUAAAUUUCUAUCAAAUGAUAAAACCAUACAAUUGUAAAGAGGAGCCCCUGGAAGAAAGUAGCAAAAAAGAUGUUCAUUCAGUCAUCACCGAACAUUUGUCGUAACUUAUAGUCAGAGAGAGGUUGUUCCAUCCAGUAGUUGUGUUGUGUAUUGUCAUACUGCCCGAGCAGUGUGUCUUUGAAGGUUCAAACAUCAGAUGACGUGAGACCAAGGUGUGUGGCUUUCAUUUUGACUGAAAGUAAAAAUUUCUGACAUCAAUCUGGUUUUAUAAGACCCUUAUCUCGCUUUCUGUCUUACACAUAUCUGAAUCAUAACGGACCUGUGGUUAAGAAGGAUAAAAACCGACUGAAAAAGAUCUUAAAUCGUCACGAUUGGGUUGUAAAAGUCUCAUUUAGCAAGACCAAUGUCCUGUGGUUUGAAAAGCUGUUGGCUCAGCUUUAUUCCCCCAUUUUUUUUUUUUCAACAAACAACCAGCACCUCGACCAUGAGGUCACCACAUUUUAUUGCAACACCUCGCAGGAAGCGAAACAGGACAGAUGUGUUAAAGCUGCAGUUUUUUUGCAUGUUGUCUUUGUCCUUUAGUCGUCAUUCAGAAAUGUUUUCCUUGAUUUUCAGUCAGGCUCAUUUCACAUGAUCCUAUACUCCCUCUAGAUAUUUUGUAGACUGCAGAGAUUGCUGCCAUGAAGGGAGUACAGAACGAUCAGGGCGUAGUUGAUUGAACCUGAAAGACCUCAUUAAUCAGCUCACAUGGCCAUUGACAACAGACUGAGGAACAAGUAGAUCUCUCUAGUGAGGAAACAUAUGAAUGGAUCAGUUCUUUGUUCUGUAUGAUUCACUGACUGACGUGUUCACCCACUUGUCCUCAACAGGAAGCAUUCUUGUGUAGACAUCUCUGAGCAUGUUAAGUUAUCACUUAGCUGUUAACAUGUCCAGUGGAAAUUUCCCUUUUCAACGUUGUGUUUUCACAUAAAAGGAUUUUAGGUUUUAUUAAAGUAGUGUUGGCUGUUAAGAGAUAAGGUGAAGUAAUGUGUUUAAUACAAGGUAGCUUGAUGUGGGAGAACCUGAUCUUCACGUCAGGAUGUUUGAGAUUUUACAAUCUAUUAUUAGUAAGAUAUCAAAGCAAUGUGGAGUGACAAGCUACAAAAGACGGAUCUUUUCAUCAAGACACUGUAUUGUAUCGAUUAUUUAGACAUUUCAAUUAUUUCUAUUUUAGUUUGCUAUUGACUGAUAACACUGAUUAUCUUUAUUUUCUUUUCUAUAGCAUGUUUUUUGAUAACAUACAGUUCUUAAAUCUGCACACUUCCACAGGCCUGAUUAAUACUGUUCGAACUGAAGAGUAACGCAGGCUAACCAUAACCUGGUGGCUCUAUGAGGAGUUUCAAAAUCAAAGCAUGUCUUUAAUAUAGAAAAAAAGAUCCAUUUUUUAUCAGUUUUAUUGGAUCAUUUAUUGUGAUGUAUCUUUCCACCCUCUUGUUAAGAGUGCAGUGCUGGGCGGCAGCUCUGCUCAGUUCCAAGUCAUGGUAGGUUCACACAGUAGUGGGUGUAUCAUCAGUCAAGCAGAGCUCUGCAAUUUUAGUGUCAAGACCAACUGCCUCAGAAAGGCUUUAGGUCUGUUGUCACUGCAACCGUCGCCUGUUCUUUAAUAAGGCAACUACUGACUAUAUACUGACCAGACAGUACAUACUAAAAGAAAAUGGUGUGAUUAACUACCCAAAUAUGUCGGACUCAUAAAUAUAAACUAAAUUACUUCCAUAGAGACAUACAAGACAUUAUUUUGAAUCGCUUUAAAUAAAAGAGGAACAGGUUAUAGCAGAGGAUGACCGUCUGUGUGUUUGUUUCAGGCUUAAGGUGAGCAUCAGACUGCUGAUCUGCGUCUGUUUACAUGUCUUGUUUAUCUCUGAAAGUCUGACAAACUCUUGUUUGUCCCCUAAUUUGUGUAUUUAAGCUUACAAUAGCCAUGACAUCAUAUGUUAAGUGAUUUUCCUAAAAAAACAUCACAGCCUCUUCCUUUUCCGUCUUUCUCUGGAUUCAUUGAAACAGGGGAUUAAAUGGUUUUUUUUGUUUUUUUUUUCCAUUAUCAUAACUGAAAAAGUUUGGACUGACUUGCUGCCUAUGUUCGCUCUCUUCCCUGUUGGUGCCGCCUGCAGCCAUACUGGAGUUUUUCCCAGUGCUAUGACUCAAAGUUCAUUUAUUGCACUCUGUUGAUAGCAUGGGAGUUAAAUUUCAUGAGUAUGCAGUCUGAAAGAAAGAGUUCUUCCAAGGAAUAGCAGUUUGUUAUCUUUGGGUGUAGCUUUUUUAUUUUAAGGGCGUCUGGUUUACUUUUCUUUGACUGUUGAUUCUCAGUUUGAUUACAUGCCCUUAACCUUUUUACCUCACCUGUUUCUCCUGAUAACAGUAAAAUAAGUUUGUAGUCGAACUUCACGUGAUUGUGUGUAAUUGCUACAUGCUCCGUAACAUGAAAUGGCUACAUGUACACAAAACAGUAAAACAAUCAGCUUCUUUGGCUCGGAGCCCUUUAAUAACUUUGUGUUGUUGGGAAGCAGCUGAUGCUGGCCUGCCAAAACUGCUGCUGUAAUAAUAUCACUGUCAUCAUAUCACUGUUGGCCGGAGGGCCAGGGAGGGGAUUUCCAGUGUAGCUGAUUGGUACUAUUCACAGAGCGCUGAUCCUUCUGAGAAAUGAACUGAAUCUUGAAGCAUUUGAUAUCAUGAAUUUUCUUUUUUUCACAAAAAAUUUUUUCAUUACUGAUCCAGAUUUUAGAAGUCAAUCCUGCUUUUCCAUCAUGUUAACUUUUAGUUUAUAGUUUGAUUGAUCACAGAGGACAAAACCACUGAGAAUGAUUGUAGAUUUUUUCAAGCAUAAGUGCAUUUAGGAAAGCAAAAACUAUGUUUACCAGUUUUUUGUUUUUGUUGGUCACCAGAAUAUAAUUUCAGGAUUUUAAUGAUUUUUUUUUUCUACAAAUAUGACCUUUAACCCUAAACAGGACUUAAAAUAGUAUGUUAUGUUUCUGUGUUGUUUGGAGUACCUAACCAAAAUUCCUCAUAGGAGCUGUCUGUCUAUGAACUUUCUUCUCUACACACAUGCUUUAAGCUUCCCCCUUCAUCCUUUUGGUGUAUUUUCAACUUAAAUCAAUCAGUCUCACUGAUCUCCUGCCUGUGGUUGAGGACGUAGAGCCAAAUCCUGUGAAUAGCUUUGGCCAAGCUCAAUCCCUCUGAGCCUUAGCCCCGGCACAUGAUUGGUUGAGAGAAACUAGGGACGGUGAGGUUACAGUUCCACCUUAACAAACAUUGACUUUUGCUUUCGUUUUGACUUCAUAUCUACUGGUGUAAGCUGACUUCUGUUAUUACACGAUGAUAGGUGGUGCUCAACAAGAAAGUGAUAGUAUUUCAUGUCGAGCGUGUGAAGAGUAUGGAUAUGUUUUUGAUUUAGAAUAAGGCUGAAAGAAUGGUUGUUUUCAAUGAAAGCCAAAACUUGGAUCUUCAGAGCAGGUAGGAAUUGGUCUUACUUUCUUUCCUUUUGUGUCAGCGGGACUUAAGCCUCAAAGAAUCCUGCUUGUGUGACGAAACAUGGGCAUUUCUGCUAACCUACUUGUAUCAGUAACUUUCAUUCUUACCAUUCGACACUUGCUUCUGCUGAUAGAGUAGCUUCGUCUUACUGUAUAAGUCUUUCAGUUUCCCCUCAAUAACAAAACUAAAAGAAAUAUAAUCAUACAGUCUUAAAAACUGUGUAAUAAUUAUUUUAAUCUGACGGGUGUUAGGCGAAUCUUUGUGACCCGCAUCAGUUACACUAGAAUGAGUUCAUCUUAAACAAAAUCAUCUGGCUAAAAAUACCCUCUAUUUCUCUCCUAGGCAAUACCACUUGAACAGCAGCACUACCACCACCACUCCGGAUGUGCACAUGGACAUGUACUCGGGAUUCCCUGACGUGGACUUUUCCAGCCUCAACCUCCCCAGGAAUGGAGAUUUCCCACAGGUUUGUUUGAUAUAUCUGUUCUUUUUACAUGCUGGCAUAUCUUUUGACACUAAGUGAAGCAACACUGAGACAUCCAAGCGUCUACAAGAGCUUACCUGUACAAAACCCACACCUACUCAAACACAAUUAAGUCCACUCUAGUUUCUAUUUCUUCUUUUCUUUUCUCUCCUCUGCGUGCUUAUCAGAGGGAAGGGCCGUGCCUCUCCACCCAUUUCUUUCAUCUGUGUUUCAUCUGUGUUUAGCUGGGCUUAAUUUACCAAAGAGCUGCCUGAUUAAAGGCCAGUGUCGUCUAGACGACUACAGCAGUACCUGCCUCUCUCCUGUCAAGGCAUGUCAUUAAUAACACGCUGUAAUUAAACACUUCCAGGGUGCAUCCUCAGGAAUCACUGUUAGGUACACCCAGGAAUCCUUUUUUUUCUUGCUUUAGGAGUAUGUACAGGAUGGUGUUUUUGUGAAUCAUGUGGGAGCGUCUUCAGAAUUAUCCUGUAACAAAAGAGAUACAACUUAAGGACCAGGACGUUCAUUUCAAGACAGGGAAUUCUUCAAACGGAAAAAUCAGAAUGAAGGUGUAAACCCCCUUUAAUAGUUACCCCUCAGUGCCAGAUGGUUACUUUCUGCAAUUUGCAUUUUUUAUUUCCUGCAUUUUGAGUGUCUAUUAUUACUAUUAUAAUCAGAAUCAUAUAAAUGAGAGCUAGCGGUAAUUACACACACCAGUGAGUUUCUAAUCUGAGGCCUUUUGGGGUUGAGCCGAGGAGUGUCAUUAUUGAACCCCAAUGAAGAAUCUGCCAUGAUAAUGAGUUUGAGAAGAAGGGCAGUCAUGGGUUACCAAGCACGCUUCCUCUGUUACCCUUAUUCUAAACCUCUCCUAUGGCUUAAACAGCAUUGCUAUCAUACCAUGUCUUGGUUCAUCUCAAGGCCAAAGCAGUAGGUAACAAUAAUGGAGGUGGAGUGUGACAGCAGGUCCAAGAGGAAAACCAUUUAUUGCCUUGACUGUACACUUUUAUUGCUUUUUAUGACUAAAGCAGCAUCAGAAUAAUAAGACAAAAUCUGCUUUGAAUAUUAUUGACCAGUAUUUCACAUCUCCUUAUGUAUUUCACAGUUAAAGAAGAGAGGUCAAUCCUGUAAAUAGUGAGGUCCAUGAAUAAUACCAUCCCCCUGGAUGUUGCUGUUGAUAACACAAGUUUCUAUUUCUGUGUGUAGACUCCUAAAACAAACGUCUGUUUUAUGUACUUUAAUAUCUUAAAAUCUAUUUGAGAAAGAACAGAAUGAAAACUAGAGUCCAUGAGAAUUCACAAAGAUUGAGUUAAAUGUGUGUUUUUGUACUUAAGGUAAAGUGACCUUUCUAAAUUACCACGAAUUUCAGUAAAAUGAAUUUAAUGCCACCAUCACAAGAUUUUUGUUUCAUAUAGAAUAGUUACUAGAUUUAAACAAAUCAGCUGAUGGACAUUAAAAUUGAAGCACUAUGAAGCAUUAAUAAAAAUGCAGUGAGGUAUUAAUAUAUUCUACCUUUCUUUAAGUCGGUUGUAGAACAUGAUGCCAUUUGUGAAAUGGACAAAGAUGACAGAUUUGCUACAUGAAAAAUGUUGCAAAUUACAGCAUUAAGGAGGUGGUUAACUUCAACUGCUGUGUGAUGAGACAAACAAGUAGGUGGCUUACCCAGACAGAACUACAAAGUCUCUGAGUACAUAUAGUGCUUUAAAUGCUUUCAGUUAGGGCUGGGCGAUAAAACAGUAAUGAUAUAUAUCAAAAAUUAAUUUCCCUCGAUAUGAAACAUGGUCAAUAUGCUUUUCGGUUGCCGGCAUUCUGCCAUGUUUUGGUAGGUUAUACAAAUAGCCAAUGAAAAGGGGAGUUGCUCUGGGUCUGCGCUGCGCUGAACCCAUCGUUCAGUCCACUUUCUCUAGUGCAACGCCUUGCAACAAAACGUCUAAGAGACACAAAGACCUCACAGAUGCAGUAGCUUAUUGUAUUGCAAAAGACAUGCUACCAACAAGUACUGUUAAAUUUCAUUAAAGAAUAACAGGAAAGAUUAAGAUUGACAAGUGAUUUUUUUAUAUUGCGAUAUUUAUUGAUAUUGACUGACAUGAAAAGAAUGUAUCAUCAUAAACUUUUUCCCAUACCGCCCAGCCCAACUUUCAGUAUUUACUUCAGGUCAUGCUUAAGUAGAAAACAAAUCCAAAUUAUUUGACUGUGUGCCAGUGAGUUGAUGUGGAACGUUGUGUUGCAGGUGUGUAUGACUCAUUAAUGGUUGUGUUGAACAAAAGAAAAGCGCUUGAUGCUUUUUUCGUAUUAAUAUUCUAAGCUGUGGGAUCUCAAAAACAAAGGAUCAACUUGAGCGCUGCGUAUACAAGAAACUGAUGUGUCAUCCUCUUCACAUGUCUUGCGUUGCUGGCAUGGCGCUUGUGAUUCAUGUGGGGUUUCCCGAGUUUUCCAUCUUCCGCCCAGCGAUGUCUUUCUUAAUACAAAAAUAAAAAAGGAAACAGAAGUUCAUGGAUAUGUGAUAAAUGUUACUUACACUGCAUAGAAAUGUGCGAUUUCAGGAUUGGUAUUGUAAUGUGUUUUUAUUUCUGCCUUCAUCAGGAGUAGGUUCAUGAGCAACAAGUUUGUUUUUCUUGCAGUGGGCAAAAGAAGAAUGUUAUGACGGCCGUGAGAGAGAGAGAGAGAGAGAGAGAGAGAGAAAGGCUUUUUGCUUGUGUUGUGCUUUCUCAGCUGUUCUGUCUGAGUUUGAUUGCUGCCUGCCACGUGAGGCGUUGCAGAGAAAAUGUAAGUCACAGGGUCAUCAUGACUAAUCCUCCACCUCACACCCAAAUCCCCCCUUCCAUUUUUUUCCCUCUCUCCAUCCACAUUUGGAGAAGAGUGUUUUGUGUUUUCUCUGUGCUGUUCAACCAUGACAGCAGAGAGGACACUCAGGCAUGUGUCACUGGGGUCGUCAGGUGACCGCCUUGUUUAUUGUGGCAAAUUUCUUGUUUUGAGUCGUUAGUAAAAAAGAUUUUGGCUGAGUUUCCACAGUGUUAUGGUUUGUUAACGCAGGUCACCUCUACUGAAAGGUCCCAAUAGUCCACACUGUUUAAGCAUGCGGAUAGGAUGUCUAUAUCUAGAUUGCUGGUAACUUGAAACCAGAGCAAAACGUUUAUUUGUUUUAGAAUUAAUAGACUCUCUUUUGAGACUUGAUAUCCGUCUUGGAUUCUCAGUCAUCAACAAUACAUGAGAGACUGAGGACUCAAAUGGGAUACAUGGCCUGUGUAGCCACUGUUUAAGGGUGUAUGGAUGAAGUGGAUUUCUUGUAUUCUUUGUAUUUUCAUGUAACAAUAAAAUUUUGCUAAGAAAUGGUUGGCAGAGGCAAAAGAGAAAUGACAUGCAGACCUUUCCGCACCCAAAAUAUGCGUAUUUCUAUGCAGAGCAUCAAGACUUACUGGAAGACAAAAAAACAGAACUCAUUCAGUAACCACUCUGGCUUACCUCAGCGGCUGUGACCCUUUUUUUUUGCAAGAACACAACUUCACACAACUACAGUAGAUACUAACACUGUACAAACACAUGUGCAGCACUACGGCACGUUUACACAUUUUCACAGAGUUCGCCUCUUGCUGCGUGCUCUCAGUGCGGUACCUCUCACUAUGACACACUUGUGCACGGUGUGCUUCUAGGAAGAGCUCAGGAGGGGAUUAGGGCUGCUGCAGCCAUUCUCACUUUUGUUUUAGUAGAAUUACAAUAACCUUUUGGGCUUAAUACAUAGUACCAAAGACCCUGAAUGUGUGUGCAGUAGUGAAAACAUGUCAGUCAUACAGAGCAGCAGCACAAGCUGAGACUCCUUGCUGCUGAAAAUCCCACAGUUGCACUAGGAGAGCAUGUAUCUUCACACCAUUUAGUCUUGAACACAAAUCAAUACAAAUCAUUCUGUCAUGUCUGUGUAAGAUCAUCUGAUUUCUUAACUUUUAAAAGUUUUUUAAAGCUCCUGCGACAAACGCUCAGUUUGGGUCAGUUUUGCAGCCUUUUGCUUAUCUUUUAAUUAUUGUUAAUUUUUGUGGUAAAUAUUUAAGUGGAAUCUUAAAAACAGGCUUAUUUUUAUUGCUGUUUAGUUGACACCUACCCCCUUGCUCCAGUUUCAGGCAUUGCUGCUGAGGGUAUUUGUUUGUCUUUCUAUAACAUAAAAAAAGGCAUUUAUAUGAAUUUCAGUCUGUUUCAUGAACAUCAGAAAAAUCUUCACAGGAGCUUUAAAACAAACAAACAAAAAAAAGACAGAUUGAUUUAAUCACAUUUUCCAACACUGUUACCAAAGCUUCAAGUUAGCCCUUUGUCCAAGGAUGUUUGGCUAAUCUGGAAGUUGCCCAACCCCAGAGUUUUAUAUUACUGCCAGUAACGAUCAUCUUGUUUUUCUUGAUUUUAUUGCUGCAAGCCAAUCACAAGAUAAAUCUGUGGCUUUUCUUUGGUACUUCCUUGUAAGACAUAUCUGAUCUGCUUGAAUGGCCUAGUUUGAAGGAGGAAGUAAAAGGUUAAUUUAAGGGUUGGUAGUAGGUGCACUCCUUUCCUUUAAGAGCGUGGGCUCCAUCUUAUCCUCUCAGCAGUUCAGCGUGGAUAUUUCUUUAUGAUUCACAAACACAAAUUGUACUGUUGUUGUACAAGUUGUACUGUUCUUUAGUUUAUCAUGAUUGUUGUGUAUUUUGUCAAUGAACAUGGGUAGUCUUUUCAAGCCUUUUUUCAGUGGUCCACUGCGAGAACAACCCUUCUGCAGAGUAAGAGGUCGAAGAAUAUCAAGUUUAUAUCAAGUUUAUAUCAAGUAUACUUUCAGCUGUAUUUAGAUGUAAUUUUUUCAACCUAGAAUAUAGGCUUAAGUUCAUCAUAAUGAGGAACAUUUGAGUCAUGAAUCAAUGGGAAGUGAAAUAAAGAUUGAAAACAAAAUAAAAAAGGAAACAAUAAAAGGUAGUUUUCAUACUGAACAAGCUUUUACAAAGCAGCUGGAGUAAUUAUGCCCAAGUGACACUGAGACAGUGUGUUAGCGCAGUGGUUCUCAAGUCCAGUCCUCGAGCCCACACCUGAUUCAAAUGAUCAGCUCGUUAUCAAGCUCUGUAAUGGCUUAAUAAUGAGCUAAUCAUUUGAAUCAGGUGUGUUGGAGCAGGGAAACAUCCAAAACAUGCAGGACAGUGGGGCUCGAGGACUGGACUUGAGAACCACUGUGUUAGUGUAUACAACUGAGUGCAUAUUAGUAUAGUAAGCAAUGGAUCUUACCUUCUCUGCCUGUGAUGCAGUAAGGUAUGUCUGGUUCGUGUGUCUGCGUAUUCAAAAGACGCUUAUUAAUGAUUCAUUCCUCUCAAUCAGUCAUAUGCAGCGCCCUCCUUCCCUUCACACACACACUGAUACAUAAGCACAUACACAUUAUUUAGAGGAUUCCCACUCAUAGUGAUGACACCAUGGACAGGCGCCACUCUGUCUCGGUGUCUGACUCCUCUCUAGUCCAGCAGAGAUUGACAUUACUGUACCUUGCCAUACAGGGCCUGAUAUCACAUAUUACUGGAAGUUGAUGUGCAAAAAAAAAAAAAAAGAAUUUAUUCACCCCUGCGUCUAAGACAGUUAAACUUCAUCUUCUGUCAGAAAAAAAAAUCAUGUUUUGAAACUCGUUGAUCAGCGUUUUAGUUUGAUUUGUCAAAAUAACCAAUUUUCCUUCAGUUUCCCAGAAUAUCUUUUUUCCCCUAUUGCGCCCGUCGUUCCAGAGGGUGGGACUGACUGUUUAUGAUGAGGUAUUUGUCGGCAAUUUGGCACAGAGAGAAGCUGUGUCAAACACCCAAAGAGCCAAAUGUGCACAUAAUGCAAUUUUUAACCACAUCAAUUUCCUCCUUCUUAUUUAAGCUGUUGAGGAUGUUUUAAGCUGAGCCGUUUAUCUCGCGCUUUAUGUAAAAAGUCAACACUUAUAUCUAUAAAUUCUGAUUAGUACACAGCGUAGAGUCACGAGGCUAUGCAUGUUAUUUAAGUGACAUUCAGCCUUUUAAUAUGUGGCUAAUGAGACCACCUGUUAGCUGCCCCCUUAGUGUUUACACCUAGGCUAUUGAUCAGUAUAUUUAUCAGCAGUCAUUACCAGAAGAGCAGUUCUGAAAAUGAGCUCGAGCAGACAGAUAGACAAAGAGCAGGGUAUUGAAGUAAGACAGGCAUCCAGGCAGAGAUUCAGUCUCUAAAUAUAAUAAUCAUUAAAUAGCAGCCCAGGCCCAUUAAAUAUAGCGGUAAGCAGCAGGGUGUGAGGAGCGGCCAGGUCCAGAGCGCAAUACUGUUUACACUACAAAUGCGGUUGAGUUACACCAUGUACAGUAAAAUGGGCCUGACUGCCAGUAACUCUAGUCACUUACCAACAAAAGCAUCAUUUCCUGAAAGCUCCUCCCUCCUCCCUCCCUCUUCUCCCCACCUCUCCCCUCCCCUCCUCUGCUCUCUCUCACUCACUCUCCAACCACCUUUUUGAGCUCUGAGGAACUAGUCCACAAUCACUAUGACUAAGUCCUAUAUGCAAAUACCUGACUGGCCUGAUGAAGCAGGAAGCAUGUGUUAGACUUGCCCGAGUCUGUUUGUGAGAGAAACACAGUUUGUAUGUGUGAGCUCAUUGCCCAGAGCGUACCUGCGGUAGAGGCAGAUGUGUGUGUCAAACCAGAGACGAGCCGUGGAAGGGCAAGUGAGAGUCCACUGUGGGGUGGAAGUGCACCAGCUGUAGGCUGAAUACCAGCACUUUGACAACACAUGGAAGAGGCUGUCGCAGUCAGGGACUUGAGGUGAAGCAGGAGUGUAUGUGUGCGUGAAUUUUACCCUCCCCACACUGCAGUGUUCGGACCCAUGUCUCUCAUGCAGUUCUGGACUAAAUGGUAUUCACAGCUGGGACGACCACUUCCCAAGGUACUGGUACUGUUUGUUUCUUUUUUGUUUUUUUAUGUCAUGCUGAAUCAAGUUUGUUGUGGACUGGCUUUUAUAGACGGAACUGACUGAGAAAAAGUCCUCUGUGAGUUUUUACUGUCCUUAUCAAGGAAGGUCUCAAGAGCAAUAGUUGGCAGCCUGUUGUAGAGGAACAGUUCUGUUUUUCUCCUUUGUGUCUUAACUUCCGUGAAUGAGUUUUGGAAUUAUUCCUGUUUUGUUGUUAAGACACUUUAAGUCCAACUUUUAAUUCUCCCUGACUACACAACACACUGUUUUUAGCAGUAGUGCUGGUUUCCUGUUAAAGACUGAAACAUGCCGUACACUGUGGCCAUUUGUUUAUUUAUUUUCUAUUCUAGACUCGGCUUGUCAAACAAUAUCUUGAGCCUCUUCGCUCACCUUUGGAUAUAAUGCUUUAAAUCAGCAUUAAAGUUGCUCUAUGAGUUUUUCUGACGCCGGCAGGCCACAGACAGCAUGUAGUCACCCUCUGAGACUCUCGUUCCCAGCCAGGACAGAUGAUUGUCUGCCUCACUCCUGCUGUCUUCCAGUAAGCGCGAGAAUCCGAUAUCUUGUCAGACUAAACUGCACUCUGAUCUGUUUUCUGAAUGGCUAUUGAAUGAGCCCAUUGUUAAACUGCGCUGUAAACUGAAAGGCAUUAUCUCCAUAUACUGCCUGAAUCUUACAAGUCGGGCUGGUCUCAUUGAAACUCAUAUCAGGCUAAUAGUGUUUCUGGUGAUACGCUUACUGAGCUCAUUUCCACUGAAUUUCUGAUGAAGUUCAUUGGCUAAUCUAACGAAGACAGUCUUCUUUACAGAUAAAUACAAGAUUGGAGGAUUAACAAUUUUCUUUUAACUGGAAAAAAAGUGUUUUUCCUUCAAUGAAAGAGAAUCAUAACAAACAGAAGAUGAAGUCCUGUGUAGAGUAACUUUUGCAGCGAGUUGCCGCAUUUUUCUCUUUGCGUUAGAUUCUCGGAUAAAUUAUUUACAGCUCAUUUAGUAAAAACCUUCAUCAUGCAAUGCAAUAAUUUUUUUUUCGUACAAUUAUUGUGAGACUUCCGUAGCGGUCUGAAUGAGUGGGUGUUGUGAUUCUGAGUGUUAUUUUUAAAUGUUGAUUUUUAGCAGACCUGUAAAGUUGUAAACCCGACAUUUUGAGGUAGCAGCGCAGCAUCUGGGUGCACACAUGUGGCCAAUUUCCUUGUAUUAUAUUAAACCUCGUGUAUGACCUCGGCGUGCAGCUUACGGGAAGUAAAUUAGCAGUGAUGAGAGGGGGUGAGUGAGAGCAUCAGGGGGCGGACUGAUUAUAAGCAAUGGAGAGAAUGGGUGGACAAGACAAGGGAGCAAACAGUCAUGAUACCAGAAAGAUCAACUAUAACCGGUAUCUGUCAAGAAACCACAGCAACAAAAACCAAAUUUCCGGGCUCCAAAAUGGUUAAUCUAGAUUUUUUUUUUUUUAUUUCAACCCGCAGACAGUGGCGGUACAGAAAAGCUACUACUGUGGACCACUUUUUGUCAUACCGUUUGUAGUAAAAUCACGCAAAAUAAACACUGUUUUUACCAAAUACAAUCAAAACUAAAAAGAAUAUUUUGAUCAAGAUCCAGCAGAGGUAUCUGGUGGAAGUGUGCUUUCUGUCUGAUCAUCCUGCUGAGCCAGUCAUUUUAUAGGCAUAAUUAUUGUGCAGUACUUUGAAGGUCCCUGUCCACAGACCACAGGUCAGGACUCAAAAAAAGACCAGAUGACUUUGGCCUCUCUUCUGCUCUCCGUCUUUGUGCAGCAGGCAUGAACAUAAUGUAAACGCAGGCGUAAACCUGAAAGGACUUAAUAUCAACACUUGUUGUGGAGGUUGGAGGCAGAGACGCACAGCAGGCAGGAAGAAGCAUGAGUUCAGCUGCAAGAAAACUAAAUCAGGCACGGUCAAGCACUUUUGUGUGGAGGUGCAAACAUGGUCAUAGGACGUAAGAAGCAUAACUGUCAUCUAAAAUUAAAAAAUAACCUCUAUUUGUCAUUUUUGCAUCGUUGUUUAGCUAUACCACUCCUCUCUUUCUCUUAAAUGUAUCUGUAUUUCAGUAGACCACGGCUGCUUAUUCUCUCAUUUCCAUUUAAAUACUGCAGGUCCUGGUUUACUAUAUUAUUACUAUGUUACUUUGUUAUUUUUGGAGACUUUGCUGCUUUUUGAUACUGUUUCACAUAAUAAAGGUCGAAUAUUGUAUCAUUUUAAAGCACCUGUUAUGUAAAAGUAUCGGAAUAUUGAACAUUUUGACAACCUUGAUGUGUGGUGAAGAGACCAACUCUAGAGACCACUGAAGAAUUCCAUAGCUCUAUACUAAAGGGCAGGUUCAAUCCUGUCUUUUGCUGCAUGGCACCUUAUCUUUGAGCUCAUUAAAAUUUCCCUCUAAAGAAAGACAAACAUCAUGGAAAAAAAGGUGUUUGUUUUGAUUUAAAAACCUGAAUAGCUAGUCAGUGGCGACACCAGUACUGUUAAACAAGAAAGUCUAGAGACUGAUUCUAUUAUCCAGUGAUAGUUUGUGCACUGUCCUUGUUACCACAUGUGGAGGAGUCGUGUAUCUCCUACAAUAAAGACACAAGCAGGUUGAAUGGUUAUGAAAUAUGCAAGAAUGUCUGAAUGCUUUUGUCCACGUGUCGGCGCCUAGCUAGCAACACCUGCCGCUUCCAUUUUAUUGGGAUGAUUAAGAAUGACUUGACAUUUUGAGCGAGACAAAGUAAAUUAUUCAGGAUUCUGUCUUAUAAUUGCAGCGAAGUCGUUGUUCUGUAGGUCUACAGUCUGUCUAAAGAAGGCAGUUAUAAAAGUGCUGGAUAUUUCCGUGUUAAGUAGAGCCAUAAACUUUUACUUCUGUUUCUCUGCUGCUCAAGGAAAUGCUGUACUUCUGUUUGAUUUGUGUUAUGAACCAAUAGCAAAUAUUAGUUUUUAAAUACAGAAGAUAAGAUCUCUGCAAGUCAGUCAACACUCCGUACACUGGAGGUGUAGAGUCAAGUCGACUUGUCUCGAUGGCCAGAGUAGCUGCCGCUGUAGCGACACAUGGUUGUGAAAGAACAGAAUCCUCCUACCCAGCGAAGAGUCGAUUCUUGGCUGGCAACCAAGUCAACUUACAGGCAAUGAGCCCACCACCCCUGACUCAUUGUGUUAUAGUAGAUCACUGACCACAGGUGUGUGAAAACAAGGGUGUGUGUCAUGCAAAAGACAGACGAGAGAUUGAAAAAGCUGUGAACAUGCUCUUCGGAUGCUGGUACGGCUGCUGCAAACCUUCCUGUCGUAAAUGCAAUGGUCUCCCACGGGCAGCAAGCAAGCUUCAGUUGUAGUCUCAAGAGCUUUGUGUGGUAUUAGAUUUGUACAUCUAGUUAACUUGAAUAAACCAAAAGCUUAUGUUGUCAUUAGAGCAAAGAGAGAUACAGAUACGUGCUUGAUUUUGAUUGUUUUUGCAACAAAUAAUAAAUGAUAAAUCUUCUUUUCUGUAUUCAGCUUCUCUGUGAAGUUUUACUCGUUUGACGUCGCCUGUUUCACUCAGCAUUUGUGGACGUUUCCUUUUGCUCCCUGAGCCGUGUUUGUGCGCGACUGUUUCCAGCGCUUACCCCUGUUGCAAGUUUAAUGUGGUAUGUCGAAAUUUCUGCCGAACUAUGACGUCAUCUUGUGUCAACAUUCCACUCACAUCCACUUUUUCUCGACUGCGGGGACACAGGCUCACACAUGCAAUGCGAUGGGUUUAUUAUCGCACAGAAACAUACCUGCACACGGCAUUUGUCUUUUCAGAAGUCCACUCUGUUUUUGUGAACUCACAUUUUCAGUGCACCCUGCUGUGGGCAAUGUGCUCUCAGCAUUUUACCCAAAAACCGAGAUAGCAGAUAAACACCUCUCUUUCCUUCUCUACCUCUGAUCUCCACAACUUGUGCUUUUUUUUUCCUCUUGUUACACUCUGCUUGUCCUCCUUGGCUAAAGAAAGAAUUUGAGUUUGUGAAUUUUCUUUGCUGGCUGUGCCAUGUGCAUCAUCCUGCUCCUCUUGUUAGGCUCUCUUCAUCAGGUCAGUUUAAGCUCCAGCUCCUCCCACACUCAGCGAGCAGAGCAGUCCUCCUGCGUCCUGGGACACCUGACAUGGCAUCCUUUUAUUUUCCAGAACGUAUGAAAACACUGGAAAAUUCCAGGAGGCUUGUAAGCAGUGAGCUGUCCCUGGCUUGCUUUGCUCAGACUUGGCAUGACAUGAAAGGCUUGCCUGUCAGGAGGCUGCUGGACUGGGUUUUCCACUUUGAUUGGCCGAGGAUAAACGCUAGAGGAUGGGCCGCCACUCAGCUGUCUGUGGGAUAGACAAGCAUAACAAAAUAUGUCAUUUGACCUGAUCGUAAGAAUCCCUCUACAAUGAAAAAGGUCCACUUCUGUUAUUAUUUCUUAGAAAAAUCCUCUCAAUGUACAUUUGUAAAUAUAACGAUCAUGUCGGGGAGUGUUAACGUGAUUCUUGGGAGCGAUUCUUUAUUAGCAGAAAACCCAGAGCAAAUAUUUUUGUCUUUUUACAUCAGUUUUGGUUUGGCAGCGUUCCCUUCGUGUGGCUCUUGUGAUCACUGGAACAGCACUUCUCUUUAGACUUUUAUUUUUCUCUGAAGGCCUUUAAAAGUAUUUGAGUGUAGUUUUUGGCCAAAGGUUGUUUGACUUAAUGCUCUUAUAGACUAUAACAAGAUAUCAAUUACAAGAUAAAAAACCCUGGAUAAGUAGGUUUAUGUCUGCGCAUGUCUUCUUGACUUAUUUCACUUAAAAAAUAGAAAAAGCUUCGAUCCGUCCCAUUAUAGUCCACGGCGCACUUCAGCUGUGUCAGACUUGUAAGACAUGCUGAAGGCUCAGGAUAAUAUAAUCAGGAGAGAAAGAGGUGACACCAGAGGUGGUAUUACAAUUCCUGGUCACAGAGCCGUCACAUUAAGACACACACAAAGGCCAUCAAUCUGUCGACCGCAUGGUCAAGGUCAAAAGCCGGCCCCAGAUGUGGAGGCACGGGGGUUGUUUGAGUCAGCUGAUCCUCAUCAUGCAAACACAAACACACACAUCCAUCUAUAGUUCGCCUUGGCCCUGUGACAGGGUUAUUUUAGGUUGCACUGUCCCUUUGAACCACCUAAAAUGUGCACAGAGGACAUGGUGUUUCACAAUUCACUCGGUUCUUUGUUUAUGCUUUACCUCAUGUACUUGCGCUACAAUAACAGUGCAGGCCAAGGCUGGAUUUACAGCCCUUAAGGAUAUCGUAGAGAUGAUUGAAGAGCUGAGUAGGGGGGGGGGGUUGUGGAUUGAGCUCUCAUCUCAGCCUUUGGACACAACGAUCAAAACACUUCAACAUUUGAAUUAGCUUCAAUCAGAUACUUGAGUGUACAUUACUAUAAUAUCCUUAAAAGUAACUUCACAUUUGACACAUUCUGCUGUUUAUCCAUUCUGCUGUUUGAGGUGAUGACUCCACCUUUUUGUUUUUUUCGUCUGAGGCGGUUUGUUUAGUCGAAUCGAUCCUCUUUCUGAUGCAGUCCAGAACAAGGUAGGAUUUAAAGACAAUGACUGUCUGACUGAAAGGGCAGAGUAAAAAGCAGGGUGGAGUUUCAAAGAGUGGGAAGUACUAAUCAGGAGAUGACAGAUGUGUGUGUGUGUGUGAGAGAGAGAGAAAGAGAGAGACAGACAAACAGAGAGAGAGAGAGAGAGGGAGAUGUUGAGAAGGUGAGGUCAUUUAAGGUCUGUGUGUACAUGGGGGUGUGUUGGGUAAAAGGAAACGCAGGAUGACUUGUUUCCUGGCCUUGGAAAAGCAGCCAAGCUGUCAGUGUGUAGGAGGGGGAAGCCCUGGGCCUGGCCUGGCCUACCUAACUUGGACCUUGGCCUGCCCCCGUUCUAAGAAGGGUCAUUGAGUGUAACAGGAUGAGGCCUAGAAUAUACACAGCACUCUUAACUUUAACUUUCCCUCUUAUAGAAUGUGUUGCACUUCUAUAUUGAGACGUAUGACAACCUCUUUGCAGAAGUAGAUGUCGAUUCCUCUGGUUGGGUGACGAAAUUGUCAGCUUUUGGCCUCGUCAUAACUGCGUGACUGUGUCAUCGUAGUCAUAUCAGGAAUAUUUGAAUCUCACCUCUACCAAGGAAAUUGCCCGAGCUGCAUGAGAAAGAGAUGUGUGUUUUUUUUCUUUAUUUGGUCAAUCAUGAUAUUAUAGAUAAGCUGUUGAGGUCAUGAAAGUGAUCCAGGAGUCACUGUGACACAGGAAUUUCAGAUUUACACUGUCCAAAUAUCAGUUGUAUCUAAGGAGGCCACGCUUUUUGUGGGCGGUUUAUGUUAGCAGUGAAAUUUUGUUUUUUUUUUUAUCGGGCCUGAAACCUUGAAGUGAAAACCACCAACCUCCACCACAACCAUCAAGCAGCUCUGCAGUUGAGCAGGUGUCUCAUGAGCAGGAGAGGAGUCACUGUCGCUGCCAUUUUUCACAACUACAUGCCUUCAUUUAUCAUCGUCAGGCAGACAGCUAUCAUUAUCCAGGCAGCUAAGUGCAAUUUACAGCGGACACAUAAUGUUGUAUAAAUGACGUACAUGUGUGUAAUCGCAUUCUGGACAGUCCAUAUAAGUAUCAGGUUUGAUUGCAGCAUGUUGUAGUUUAGUGGUCAGAUAGAUCCCAAUGGUUUCAUCAAUACUGUGAGAGAGUUAAGAGGAGUUAAGGUGUGAAGUUGUAGCAGUCAAGGAGAGGACUGAAAUGGUAGAGGGCCAUGCUACAAGCUGCUAAACAAAUGAGCUUUAACUGUUUCGUCUGUGUAUGUGUACACAAGAGAUCAGUUUGUUUACAGUGUGAACACGCAUAUUCUACAUUUGAUUCCCUGUAAGCAUUUCUGAAGAAGAAACUCCUAAAUUCAGAGAAACGCAUAAGCAUCCAGGUUGUUUUGUUGUCGAGCAGAGAAAAGAGAAAGCAAAAGAGAGUGAGGCAGGAUUAGCAGUUAUACGGCUGCGCUCAGAUUGCCAUCAAAGCAGUUGGAAUUCAGGCCUUAUCUCUCCCUGGCAGAGCCCAGUCUCAGGAACAGUGGAUGAACUAGGCUCGGGUACAGGGCCUGCCAGGGGAAAACACUGCUGCUUCUCAUUCGCUUUGCUUAACAACUCGAUUAGCAUGGGGCUUAGGUCGGCCAUAUCCUGGUUUGAACUGGCCAACCUGCUUCUUUUUUUUUUCUUCUUCUUCUGUGAUUCUUAAUAACAAUUCUGCGUCAGAACAGUACGUUCUGUGACUUAAGUUUCACAAUGUGUAAAACCUUCAGAGGAAUGACAUACAAGGCAAAUGACUGAUUUACCCAACAGUCUGAUUUAAGACUAUUUACAUUUAACCUGAAAUGGUCUCUAGGCUUCAUACUGUGAAUAAAAGUGACUCUUCUUACAACAGAAGAUUCAUUGUAGUCAGAGUUUUAUUAGAAUCGUCACUCUUACGAGGAAAACUAAUACGACUAAAUCCAGCUGUCAUUAUUAUCACACGAGACAUUUCAUUGAAUAAUUUAUUAAACAUAAUCUUGGCCUUACAAAACUCCUCCUGCUCCUCAUGUCAGAAGUCUUGGAUUGUUAUCCAUCAUGGAAAAAAAAGAAACGUGGUGAAAACCAUGUGCAGAUACAUGUUCAUCUGUCUUUUUCCACAGUUAUGCUUCUGUGGAAUGACGCCUCUGGUGACACAAUGUCCCUAUUCCAAGCCUUGUUUACCCGUCUACUCUCAAGAGAAGGAGCCAAGAAAGGAGGGGGGUAGAGACAGAGUAAAAGGAGAUAGGAUGACACACAGCUGACAGGAUAAACAAAGAAAAAAAAAAGAAAGGAAACGCGUUAGAACGUGGCAGGUUCUGCGUUCGGGAGUGGAAGAAGUCGUCUUUCUGGGGUCUUCUCUACAUUUAGCACUCUUGUCGCCCCAGAAAAAGCAGUUGUUCCACUCAGCUGUCUGCAGGGCACAUUAACUUUGGAGAGGCUGCUUUUAGAGCUCAUGCCUGAUCUUGCCCUUUAGGAAGCACACGCACAUAUACACUAACACAUAGACACUCACAAGGAGAAAAAGGAAAGAGAAAGGUAGAGCGAGAAAGGCUUUAUCUUGUAACUCCAGGCAAACUUUGAUAAGCUCAAGCUGUAGCUUUAUUUAAAAAAAGAAAAAAAAGAAAAAAAAACUCUUCCGGCUGCACAAACAUCCACACGUUCCGGUCAGUGAGUUGUUUCUGUAACGUCAGAAGGCAAAAAUAUACACAUGUAUCUGUGUCUGCCUGCUGUUUACCGCCCUCCCUGGGCCUCAUUCCCAAAUGAUGCAGUCAUAUUAGUACUAAGAGCUUUGCGUUUGUCUUCUCACGCCUUUGAAACAUGUUCAGCUAAACUGUGAGUAAUGGCAAACAUGCAGCUAUGACAGAGGUCAGCUCCGAUCCUCAACAAUAAUCAGCAGCAGCAGCAGGAUGUUACUGAGAUCGAGGCAAAGUCUCAGUGAAUCAUUCCCUUUUGUUGCCGUUUGAACUUUGGGUUCUCACAGAAAGGACUGUUGUCUUGUCACAACAUCAUACUUAAAAGUUCUGACUUAUUGUACUGUUGUUUUAUCUCUGUUUAUAGAAAUUUAGAGGUUUUAUCGGAAAAUUGUGCUGUGGUAGAGGAAAUGAGUACACUAGGGUUUGUUUAGUACGCAAGUAACAACACAGGACAUUAGAAACUAAAGAAAAAGAAUGAAACUUGAGUGAAGCUUCGAUAUCUGUUUGCAAACUGUUGCUAGCAAUCAGCAAAACAAACUAGCAUCUACUUUUUGAGCGUUUGUGCUGAGGUUCAUUAUCUGAAAUAACUCUCCAGAACUCGCAAGUAGGAUCAGCAGGUAGUAUGCCAGGCUGUUUCCUGCUUCUCUAGAGGGUGUAGUUGGAACAUGGGCUGUGGGAACUUCCACACGUGGUCCAAAGAGUAAAAAUACACACAUACACACCAUAACACACAUCGAGGAAUCUGCACAGACAAAACCAUACAAUAAAACAGGGGGGGAAACCAGCUUGCCAAAAACAGCUUCUCUCCCCCCCCCCCUAGCUGGUUGUCUGUGAAUUCUCCCUGUUUCCAUCACUCAAUCCCUAUCUCCCCACAUCCAUGUUUAUAAACCUCAAGGGGGGCCUGAGGGGGGGGGCUGUGAGAGCCUAGUUAAAGAGCAUGGCAUGCUAAUGGCUUGAAAAGGAUAUGAAUAGAGGAGCGACUGGAAGGCAGCCACGGUUUAAAUGACACACAUAUACACAUGCACACCCAGACACAAGCAUUCUCAACGUGAAUGCCCCCUUGCUUUUUAUAUUACGACUUGGUCUUCCACACAUCUGUGUGUGAUUAGAUUUUUGUUUAGGCUACUGGUGUAACUCCUAUAAGAGAGCAUUAGCUGAGCCCAAGAAUAGUUUCUGCUCUGAUGAAACAAGUGGGGACCCGCAUAAACAAACAAACUCCACUGAUCAGCUGACAUGACUACUGACAGGUGAAGGGAAUAACAGUGUUUUCUGUUUACAAUGGCACCUGUCAGUGGGUGGGUGGAGUGUGGUAGACAUCUCUGAAACUGCUCUUGUGUGGUCUGUAUGACCUGUAGUGGUCAUUGCUUACCAAAAUGUGACAGGAAACUGGUGACAGGAUAAUAAGUGAAUAACGACAAGAUGUGUCUAUGUUGCAUUUUUCAUGCUUGUAACAGCAGUGAGAGAGGGUAGGCACACUGAAGAAACAUCCUGUGUUGUUGUUUCCACAGCAAAUAUUCAAAGUGAUUGAUCAAUUUCGUUGUUGGAAAAUAUGAGGAGGAGAAUUUUUAACGAAUAACACAGCUUUUACAAGGAUAAGACAAAAUCAGAAACACUAAAAGGGUUUCCACUCUGUCCACAGGGGGCGCUAAAAUUGACAGACACAAAAGUUCCUUACAAGAGCUUUAAGUUCAUGUUCUGAAAUCCACCUCACAAUCCAAAAGAUGUGUCUAUUUUCAUACUGGCCAAGGUUUGCAUGAAAUAAUGGAAUUAUACAUGAUUUUGUUAUUUUGUUUGUUUUAAACAAACUACAAACCCCUUUUUUGUGUAUCUAUUUAUUUAUUUUUGAAAGUACAGAUGGCUGGACAAGAACCAAAAAGUUCUGUGUGGCUAAAUUUACUGAGUCAAAUCUACAUUAAUCGUGUUGCAGGCAGUCAAGUUCAGCAAUUCAUUAUUUUUUAUAAAUUAUUGUUGUUUUCUUUUCUUAUUUUGGCAAAUUCUGAAAUAUUGGUUUUAAUAUUAUAUAUCAGCCAUCAGCAGACGUGCUCUCUCAUCAUCAGCAUUGGCACCUAUCCGUCAACCACUGGUCAUGGGAGGUUGACUAAGGCGGCCCAUGUAGUCUGAUCCAACAGGAGAGCUACUGAUGCUCACUCUGCUGAUUCUAAUAGCAUCCUAACCCAGUGCAUUACAGUUUGUACAGUAUGGGGCUUAACUACACCACAUUAGGCAAGCAGGCAAUCAUGUGGGUUUUUCAUCACAUACUUAGUUUGUCUUCAGGUAUUCACCUCUGGCUCUGCUGCAUGACCUGAGGAGUGUCUUAAUUAUAACAGGAUUUUAAGUCUUUUAUAUUCAUCUAAAACGCUGUGUCAGGUUAUGAGUACAUACCUGAUUUAAACUUUAGAAAUGUUAAUGUUGUUUUUUACAGUUUUGAAGUUUCUGAAAAUCAGUUCACCUCGCUGCUUUGCUCAGUGUUUUUGCCAUGUACAAGAGUCUUAACUUUACAUCUGCUUUCCUCUCUGCCUGUAGGACCUGUCCUGCAUUGAUGACCUCUCCACAAACUCUCUGUUCUCCUCUCCGGCUGACUCUCUGUCGGAGUAUGCUGAUGCCCAGUCUUUCAUCAGCACAGACAACCUGGACACAGUGCCCACCCUCUGGGAUGUCAACACUAGUACCACCACCACCACACCAGCACAAAGCCAGCUAGAGGUCAGUGAUGCAGUCGCUCACCCAUAUCAUCAGCAGGUACACAGAGGGCUUCUCCACUCAUUUGUGUCAUAACUUAAACGUUACACAGACUUGUAACAUCAUGGACCAUCAGCUUUAUGUCUACAUCAUCAGAGUCGGAAUCCAGGCAUAAGCGGGCAAAAGUUAAACAGUCUCUCCGGCUCAUUUGUCUUUACUCCUGCUAUUGAUCGCAGCAAUAUUUCAUUCACAAAAGGGACCCUCAUGCUAUAGCUGAGCUUGAACUCUUGCUUGCAAGUACAGCGAAUAUGCUCCAAAAAUUACUGAAAAUCUACAAACUUCAAACCUUUUUUUCUACGUUAAUAUCUAAUUUGUGAAUCAGUACUUUUAUAUGUAAAGCGAGAUGCACAAUUUGUACCAGACUGGACCGUUACUCCCUUGAAACAAUUGAUAACUGACUUGGCCUUGAAUGUUUUGAACAUACUGUUCACCCUCAGCUUUUAGCUUCAAUAAAUCUAUGAUCUUUCACACUAAACUAAUUUUACAAUUUUAAUCAUUUUUUAUUUUCUUCUUUUAAAAAAAAAACACUUAAUGACAUAUAAAUGACUCAGAGCAAGAUUUUAAGCUCUUCUUUGUGAUCAUCAGAAAUGAAGCUGUUUGGAGGCAGACACUUAACAGAACCCAAUCAUUGUUGAUGAAGUGCAGUAGUAGAACUUAUGAAGGUGCUGUUGUUCAACACGACCGUAUGUCUGUUGUAGUGGGAUAACUCAGAAUUCUCUCCAGCAUCUUUGAACACAAGCAAGUUUUUUAAUACAGAACGAGCCUUUGAAAUGUAUAAUACAUGUUAUCAUGUCGUAACAUCUUUUAUGCUAAGCUAGGUCAUUCGGCACACACACUAUACAGACUGUCUGUGAAAUCUGAUAGUACCUCUACAUGCACCUAAGAAUGUAAACAGUAUUCAUCUUUGAAAUGAUAUUUUUCUUUUUUUUUUUCUUGUUCCUUCAGUUAUUUCAAAUUUUAAAAUCUGUUCGGCUGUAGGUUAUAGUUUUCAAAUCAUUAAUCUAGGAGGGGUCAUUUCGUUGCCGUUGAGUCCUCUGAUGAGGCAAGUCCAAGAAAUCUUUAUGAUGUUAUGAGUCAUAGUACAUUUAUGUCUCCUUCCUUCUGAAAGCCUUCUAUGUUUCCUUUUCAUUCUGUCCUCAGCUCAUCUAUUAUGUUUUCCAGACACACAGCUUUAUCUUCCUUUUCGUUGUUGUUGUUGUUGUUGCUGGCUUUUCAGCACCAGACGACAAAUUGCAUUUUGUUGAGUGCUGGUUGGUGGGACUCCCACGUCCAGCGCCCUCACGCUCUCAUGCAUAUAAAUAUACGAACAUCCGUCACAUGUAGAGAUUUCUCAUGGUUUUGUUUUUGUUGUUGUUUGUUGCUCUUUCUUUAUACUUUUGGCAAUGUUUUCAUUUUUGUUUUUCUGUUCUUCAUUUUGAUGUUUCGUUGACAGCUAAGUACCACCGGCAGGUUUCAUGGCUUGGCCAGUUUGGAUGAUAUAACUGCUAUUAUCAGCACCCCACCUUUAGGAGGAUUCCAGGUAGCCACACUUACUUCUCCAACCUGACGCCUUAAGUUAUCUAACAAGAUUAGCCUUAGCAUUGACUAAACUGUUGAUAAAUGUGUGUGUGUCACAUACGCAGCUGUUAUUGUGUUUCUGCAAUACAGGCUGAAUUAAUUGUGUCAUAGAAUAACACCACUAAUCUCAGAUUAAAGGCUUCAUUUUGGCUAUGCAACACAUUAAAAUACAGACUGUGAUAAGUGAACCUGCAAUGUUUGUGUCUUGUUUGGCAAGACAGUCUUACCAUGGAUGAUAAAAGCAUUGCUUUCUAUGACGUAAAUAGAACAUAUUAUUACUCCAUGCGCUAAAUUGUCUUUUUGAAUUUCAUAUUUUAUAAAUGUAACAUUUGCUUGAAACAAAAUGAGACCCUUUGCAUUCUCUGUAACCCAGAUUGCAUCAACCUGAAUCAUAAAAACAAUCAUUAUUCAUUCUGCUUCAGCUGGUUUGUCGCACCUUUCAUUUCAUUUGUCAUGUAACUAUCACACAUGUGUUACACUUCAUAGUAAAGAGCUGCAUCUCUGCAGUGCUAACCUGUUACCGACUGUUUAUCUGCUACCGACGUACUCUUUCCUCGUCUACAACCAGCUGAACCAAAAAAAUAUGACUUUAAAGAUGUGUUUGCCUUUUAUGUGAACGACUUAAUAGAGCUUCUUUGGUGUCCCAAGGUUCAGACAACCCAGCCACCUCCAGAGGAGGAAGAGGAUGCUGAGGAAGAGGAGACAGAAGAACUGGGACAUGUAGACACAUAUGCUGAGUACAGACCCUCCAAAUGUAGGUCACUAGACUGAAUGUCAACACCCAAUUACCCAUUAAUCAUCUGCAUUUUCCGUCUUCAUAUAAAAGAAGAAGGAAAACUGUUUGCUCUUCACACAUUUGUAGGAUUGUUCCAUUUUUUAAGGGCUGUUCUGUCUUUUUUUUUCCCCUCUCCUCAGCCACUAUCGGAAUUUCUCAUCCUGACAUAGUGGUGGAGACAAACACGCUAUCCAGUGUCCCUCCUCCAGACAUCACAUACACUCUGUCUAUCCCUGAGUCAACUAUUAACAAUGGCUCGCUGUCUGCUCUGCAAUUAGAGGCCAUCAUCUACGCUUGCCAGGUACUCUUUGAGCUCACAGGCACAUUUUGAUGUCGGGACCCCAUGAAUAAUGAAUAUUGUUUGAUUGCGCAGGCAUAUUUUUCUUAUGCGUUUUCUCCAUGUGCUCCUUCAGCAACACGAGGUUAUCCUUCAGAACAACCAGAGGGCAGGCUUCCUGAUCGGAGAUGGCGCAGGGGUCGGAAAGGGACGCACCGUGGCAGGAAUCAUCCUGGAGAACUACCUUAAGGGAAGGAAGAAAUCGCUAUGGUACGAGAGCUCGACUAGGACUAGCCUUAAACCUUACUCACAACAAUAUUAUCAUUCGGUUUCAAUCAUUUAUAUGUUUUGUUUUUCAUCCACUUGCAUUCCAUGGUAUAUUGAGCAUGUACCGGCUCGUUUGGGUAGAGGCCCUCUGAAUGGUUGUCUUUCCUGUUCCUGCCCUCAGGUUCAGCAUAUCCAAUGACCUGAAAUUCGAUGCAGAGAGAGAUCUCAAAGACAUAGAUGCACAGAUUAUUCCUGUGCAUGCCUUAAACAAGGUGAGUCCAGACGGAGUGAAGCGUGACCGUAUAAAAACGACACAAGCUAUUUUUGUCAAGUUCUUACAUGUUUAAUAAAUAACACUGUCUUUCUGUUACUGUAGAUAAAGUAUGGAGACACAGCUACCUCAGAAGGAGUCCUGUUUGCAACGUACUCUGCCCUUAUCGGAGAGAGUCAGGCAGGAGGGCAGCACCGGACAAGAAUUAAACAGAUUCUCGAUUGGUGCAAGCCAGACUUUGACGGCGUUGUAUCCUUUUCACUUCCGCUCCACAUGUCCAAAACAUUUUCUGACUCUAACAUUGUGGCGCUUGCAAGUACGCUUGCAUUUUUGUUUUUUCCCUUGACCAUUCCCCAUUACAGAUUAUUUUUGACGAAUGCCACAAAGCCAAGAAUGCUACUUCCACAAAGAUGGGCAAGGCAGUGCUUGACCUGCAAAACAAGCUGCCACGGGCCAGAGUGGUAUAUGCCAGUGCCACAGGUAGGCGGGCACACAAACACAAAAAAAACACACUUAUAGGUGUUACAACAAACAACCCAGGACUAAAAUGUGUUGUCAUCUCUGCCCCAGGUGCCUCUGAGCCAAAGAACAUGAUCUAUAUGAGCCGCCUGGGAAUCUGGGGUGAGGGCACACCCUUCAGAACCUUUGAAGACUUCCUGCACGCCAUCGAGAAAAGGUUCGUAAGGCCACACCCUGCGGAAUUCCACUUGGUAGCAUUUUAUUAUCCAAGCUGCACGACGUGGAUAAAACCUUCAAACCGAAGGAAGAUACCUGUCUGUCAGCUCGCGGUAUACCUUGUGGGCCAUGAUUGCCUUACAUUGAAUUAUUUAUCUGCUAUUUAUAUACAGAGGUGUUGGUGCCAUGGAGAUUGUUGCCAUGGACAUGAAAGUGAGCGGGAUGUACAUUGCCAGACAGUUGAGCUUCUCAGGGGUAUCUUUCCGCAUUGAGGAGAUUGGACUGGACAGUGACUUCAAACUGGUUUAUAACAAGGCUGCCAAACUGGUAAGCAUGAGGGUUCCUACACAAUUGGAAUUUCCAUACCCUACUUUUUAGAAUUAUUUUUGGACACACCUACUUUUCUAUUUUAGAUCUGUGGGAAAAAUCUGGAAACAUAAAUAUUUUUCCAUACUUUAUUUUUCAUUUUCCACAAUUUUUAAGACCUGGAAACCGAUCAAAUUACUUCCAUACUUUUCCAUACUUGCGUAGGAACCCUACAUACAUCUCAAGAGUUCAGGACUGAAACGUUUUGUGUGUCUUCUUUGAGCAUGCUACUCUACAUUGACUAACCACACGCGAUAAUGUGUUUCCAGUGGGCUGAGGCUUUACAGGUGUUCAUGCGUGCGGCUGAUGAACUGGGCCUGGUUAGCAGGAAGUCUCUGUGGGGGCAGUUCUGGUCGUCUCAUCAGCGCUUCUUCAAAUACCUCUGUAUCGCUGCCAAGGUCCGUUGCCUGGUGGAGUUGGCCAAAAAAGAGCUGGAGGCCGGAAAGGUCAGCACAGCACUCUAAACACUGAUACACUUUUAAUGACCAAGAGGAAGAUCUGAACAGGAUCUGAAGUCUGAGUAGGAGCAGCUGUAAAUGUUGUUAGUUUUAUCAUUCAAGGAAGUUUAUUUAAUAGUGAACUCGUCGGCUCAUCAGUUGUAUUUUUUUUAGUUGGUAUUGUCAGGGAAGAGUCCAUGAUAGGCUCGACUUAAGAUACCACAACAGACAAGUGUUGACACGUGUUUAACUCUCUCCAACAGUGCAUUGUGAUCGGCCUGCAGUCUACAGGAGAGUCUCGCACCAGAGAGGUCCUGGACGAGAAUGACGGGCAUCUAGACAGAUUUGUGUCCGCAGCAGAGUGAGUUUAAAGGAAAACCAUGGUAGUUUUGUUUGAAAGAGCGUGAGCUAAAAUGACAAACUUUCUUGUCCACGUUUCAAUUGAGUCGAAAUAGCUCAAUGCGUGGGAAGCAGUUUCCUUUUGCUGGUGGCCAAAGCGGCCUGUGAGCUAUUUCCAUUCCAUUUUGUGGCUUCAACAACUAAGUAAUGACUGUCUAAUAUUAAAGCAAACUCAUCAUCACUAAACUAAAAAGACAAUCACCUAAAUAAGAAUCCAGGACAUGUAGAUCAAAUGGUCAGCAUUAAUCCUUCAUUAAACUCCAAGAAUUUACUGGUUAGCUGUGAUUUAAUCGACAAAGUACGUACAAGAAAAAACAUCAAGAAAGGUAGGAUACAGAUGCUCAGUGGAACGAACUUGUCUGACCUUAGACGUCACACAGCAGACAUGCCUAAGUGUCUGAGUAGAGCAAAUCAUACAUGUUCAUCUACCUGUCAGCACCUGACAGCUAUAAUGAGUCUAAAUCAGACAUGUUAGGAUUGUGUUACAGCCAUCACAGCUCUGUCCUCUAUGUCGUCCUCAUGGCUAAGAUUUUUCUCUGUUUCUUGUCUGUUUUUCUUUCUUCAGGGGAGUUUUUCAGUCUCUUGUUACGAAACAUUUCCCAUCGGAGAAACAGAGGCGAGAAAAGGCGCCGGGUAACAAGAGAAAACGUAAGUUAAAAGGAUGUGAUUAAUGUAGCAUGCCAGCGUAUCUACCUUCACUAACAAUAGAACAAGGUUGAGUGUCCAGCUGGCUUGUUCGGUGUUUCACUUCAAGUCUAAUCUUGCCUUUUACUGUUAUUUUUAUUUGUUGUUUUUACUAUUGCCUUUUACUGUGUGCACUUUGAGGUCUGUUUUCUCAGAUGUAAAGUGCAAUAUAAAUAAAAUGUAUUAUUGUUAUUAUUAUCCUUUUUUCCAAAUGAAUGCUUUUUGUUUGUAUGUUGUCUGGCAUUUCUCGUACCCUCCUUUUUUUUGUCUGCAAAGAUGUAGAAGUGCUCUCAGAUUGUAUUUAUUGUCUGUCAAGCUAAUAUCAUGUUCUGGUUCACAAUCAGGGAAGCCCAGAGGUCGACAGCCAAAGGUACCUAAGCACACCGUGGACAGCGGCGGCGUAAUCAACAUCAGCGACGACAGCAGCAGUGAGUCUGAUGGGAUGGACACAGACUCCAACUCCUCUCCGGAUUCACUGCUAGACAAUGACGACGUCAUCUUUGUGAACCACACUAGUUGCCAGACAGGUAUGAAAAAAACAGUUGGAGUGACGCUUUGCCAGAUUUGCUCACUGUUAUCUUAUCCUUCACUCAUUGGUUGGCCCAAAUACCUUUUAAUUAUCAGGUCCAUUUUCCUGGUUAAUAUUCCCUCUGCUUCUCUCUUACAGCCAGGAUAGAGGAAAUGAAGCAGGGCCUCCUCAACAAAAUAUCUGUGCUGGGAAAAGAACUACCUCUCAACACUUUGGACGAGCUCAUUGAUAAGUUCGGAGGACCAGAUAAAGUCUCAGAGGUAUCAUAAACCUACCACUCUUUCUUCAAAACUCUUCAGCCAUAGCUAUCUUCUGAAAUGAAACGGCACAGCUGGGUGUCAAAGCCCUCACCAGUGUUUUUUUUUUGUGUUUUAGAUGACUGGUCGUAAGGGCCGUGUGGUUCGGCGUCCUGACGGCAGCGUCCGAUAUGAAUCCCGAGCUGAGCAGGGUCUAACCAUCGACCACAUUAACAUUAAGGAGAAAGAUCGCUUCAUGGGAGGAGAAAAGGUCAGUUGCGCUUGUCAAAAAGAUAGACCGUAUGAAACACUAUCCCUGUCUAGAAAAAAAACUCCUGUUGGUGAACCUUGUCGAAUAAAAUCCCCGCUCAUUCGCCAAACCUUUUUGUUCCAGUUGGUGGCCAUUAUCUCCGAAGCAGCCAGCUCUGGGAUUUCCCUUCAGGCAGACAAGCGAGUGAAAAACCAGAGACGAAGGGUCCACAUGACCUUAGAGCUGCCUUGGAGUGCAGACAGAGCUAUUCAGCAAUUUGGUAAGUCGAGGGGACUGUCCUCUUUAUAAUGAGCCAUUCAAAGGUAAUGCUGAGUCAGUUCUAGAGAGCAGAACUGUAACCCUCAUAAAUACAUCAGUUCUCUAUUACUGGCUGUUUUCUGUUUAUGCCUUCGACAGAGGCAGAAAGCUCGGGUCAAAAGGUAACAGGAAUGUUAAAGAGGACUCUGUUGAGCUGUAGGGCCUCAGAGGUCAGGGUAGGUUCACUGCACAGAGUUUUAUCUCUCAUUCAUGUAUCUUGAGCCAAGAAUAACCAAGUAAGGACAAGUAUUUCCUUGUUCCACUUAUACUGUACUAGUAAUAUGGGGUUAUAGUUGGCUCCAGUCACUCUUCACGUUGUACUUAAAACAUUAAACUUUAGCUUUUGAACAGUUGUUUGUUUGUUUUUUUUCUAUUUACUAUAGUAGUUACAGGAAAAGAUCACUUAAUCUGUUCAGGGGAUUUCUUCAAAUUACUUCCGUCUGGUUAGAUAUCUGACAGAAACACCACAAACAUAUUUACUUUCUCAAAACAAGGUACAGGCUGUAGAGAUUUUACAGAGUAUUAAACAAAUCACACUGAGACAAGUUUGAUUGUAUGAGCGCAUAUUGAAUUCUGUUCUUUGUCUUUCCAGGUCGAACCCAUCGGUCCAAUCAGGUGACAGCGCCGGAGUACAUCUUCCUUAUUUCAGAGUUGGCUGGGGAGAGACGUUUUGCCUCUAUUGUGGCUAAAAGGCUCGAGAGUCUGGUGAGUAGCAAACUCUUAGAGUUGUGUUAAAGUGUGUGUGAGUUUUAUACUUUUUAUUUUUAUUUUUACCUCCCACCUGCUCUGUUUCCCCACAAACUGAGUCAAAUCUGUCUUGUGAGAAAGUAAUACUACUCAUCGUGUUUGAUAGAGAGUGAGCAGACUUGUUCCACUGCAGGCAAAGGGGAAAGGGAAGGGGGUUUUGUUUAUUGAUCAUGGUGCUCUGGCUUGCCAAAAACUCUACCAUUUGCUUCCUCACCCUGCUCUUACCUUCUGUCCUUCCUGUUUGCCGGGGUAUUCCCCAGACUAGAAGCUCUCUUUUAUGCUUGAAGCUACAUCAACUUGUCUCAAGGGAUUCUGGGCCUUUCCCUUCUCCAGCUUAACAACGGAAAACUGAAUAGGGCAGAAAAGGCGAAAGAGCUCGGUCUGGAUAACUUAUGAGCCUAUGUUUAUUUUCCAUGAUUAUCGAUGCAUUUCAGAGUUUGCAGCCAUUCAUUUCCACAGUGACACAGUGUGAGGGUUCUUUUGGGAAAAGGGCAAAGAGUGUGCAAUGGGACACCAGUUACAGGAAGUUGCUCUUGUGUUUGCCAGCAUAGUUUGGUAAAUCUGCUGCAGGAAUAGGUCACUUCUCAUCUGGGCACCCGCUCAAACCCAAUAUAACACAAAAGACAACCCCCUUGCUGGCGACUCAGCCACCUCUGCUCUUGUCAUCUAUGUUUUCUUCUCGACUUAAACUACUGAAUACUUUUGCAUUUGGCUGACUCCAGAUCAGUCAUGAAUAUCAUUUGGAUAUGCUUUUGUUUUGUUACGCCUUUGUCUGUGUGGGCUUAGCAAGUUGCUGCCUCAGGAGUUUGCUGGUGACUUAACCAUGUUUUCCAGUUUUCUUUACUGCUGUACACUUACCUCAAACUAUAAAAGUCUGGAAGAUUCUCACAUAUAGGCGUUAAAAUAAGUUAAAUAUAAGUAUUAUAUUUUUUAAGCUGUUCUCUGUGGAAUAACCAACUGAUAUCUUAAAGACAUUGUUGACCUUUCAAACAAGAAACUGCUCCUGUCAAAAUCAGUGCAAAGGAAUAUUACUCCAGGGUCAGAUAAAGUUUUAUGCCUUAUUUUAAAUGUGAAAUUGAUUUGUAGUUUUCCAACCGCCCAAAACACUCUUUUGCAGCUACUCACAGUAAAUAGCAACAAAAAGUCUAAACAAACAGUGUCUUCUAGAGCAGUGGUUCUCAAGUCCAGUCCUCGAGGCCCACUGUCCUGCAUGUUUUGGAUGUUUCCCUGUUCCAACACACCUGAUUCAAAUGAUCAGCUCGUUAUCAAGCUCUGUAAUGGCUUAAUAACGAGCUAAUCAUUUGAAUCAGGUGUGUUGGAGCAGGGAAACAUCCAAAACAUGCAGUACAGUGGGCCUCGAGGACUGGACUUGAGAACCACUGCUCUAGAGGAAAGAAACUCAUCUUUCUUGAUGAUUAAUUCCAUGAGUGCAGUUGUUAGUUUUUAAUUUUUGUAAAAGAAAAUGCAUCAGAGGGUUAAUUUAAAACAGCCUUGAUAGCAGAUUCAACGGCCCUCCUAGGGGCUGGAACCACCAUCUUGGUUGUUUACAAAAAGACUGAAGCCACACUCGUGUUGUCGUCUCAUAGGUCCUGCCGCAUUACUAAAUAAAGGACUGAUUGGUCUGGGAUAUCUGAAACCAAGGGAAUAGUUUAGAGUAGCAUGGGGUUCAUAAGAGUUAAUAUUAGCUGGCUGAUUGGUGUGACGAAUUCAGGCGAGUAGGAAACCAUCAAUAUUGACUUUCUCCAGUCUACAGAUCCUUGAACCUAUGACUUUAUCACCAGGAACUACCGGGAUGUGUUCUUGUUGUCAGUCCCAAGAGUCAGGACUGAUCUGGGAAAAAUGUGUUUGUAUUUGCUGCCCCUUUUACUUGUAACAAACUUCAGAAAAGUCAAAAACUCAAAGACCUGGAGGCGGACUCAACUGUCUGCAGAUGUCCCCUCUAAAUAUCCAUGGGGCUUAGCAAUUGCGUGGGUGUGUAAUGUUUUAGUGAUCGACAAAUGUUUUGAUUUUUUACCUCAUGUUUCUAUAUUAUGGAUGGCUGUAACUGUCUCUGUAACUGUGCUGCUGCCUGUCUUGGCAAGGACAGAGAGUUUUCAUCUUAAUGUGUUUUUUUCCUGGUUAAAUAAAAAAUAAUUGUACUCGGCAUGCAACUAUAGUAGCUGGGAUCAUACUGCCAAUUCGCAGGUUAAGAUACGAUUGACUGUAGCAGAGUAAAGCAGUGAAGAACAGCAUUAGUCAUUAAUCAGAGGAUUAGAGGUUACCACGAUGAACCACCAUAAGGUUGUAGUAACCGUAUUCUUAAUCUUACAGUAACCAAAUCUUUUUUAUUUAUUAUGAGUUAUGGAGUGAGUUUGACGGCUUGUUUGAGGGCUAAACAGUGACAUCAGCCUGGAUGAUAAUGGUGUAACAUGAUGAUCAGCAGCAAAGGCAUUAACAUCAUGUAACUGUGUUUGUCCGUAUUACUGUGAUGAUGGUCUGAAAGCCAUAGACACAAUACGACUCACAACUAAUAAUAACCCUGAUGCUGAUUCACUUGGCAGGGUGCAUUAACACAUGGUGACAGGAGAGCCACAGAAUCCAGAGACCUGAGCAAGUACAACUUUGAGAACAAGGUAGGCCAACUGAAAAACAGCUAAAUCAUCUGACAUUAUACUCCUGCUUCAUGUUUACAUGUUUUUUCUGAAGGGAUCUCUCUGAAUUAGUGGUAACUUUGUUUGUUGAUGAAUAAAACCCUCUCUGAGAACUCGUCAGUUACAGUUUUAUCCUUUUUUCUUUUUUUCAGUAUGGUACCAAGGCUCUCGAUAAGAUCACCAAAGCAAUCCUGGGCCACAUAGAAAACAAAGUGCCCCCUCCCAAAGGCUACCCAGGGGGUGAAAUCAUGUUCUUUAGAGGUUUGUGGUUUACUGUAAUUUGUAAACAAAUGUAACUUCAACUGCUUACUAUGAGUUCUUUGUAAUCACCAACAUCACUUUCUUUUUUCCAGACAUGAAACUUGGAAUGAUGGAUGUCGGCAUCUUUUGCAGGGAGUCCCGUUUUGGGAUCAGUAUUGAGAAAGGUAAAGUUUUGAAGAAGCAUACAAGCAUUUUUUCCUGAUAGUAAACUAAUAGAAAAAAGAAAUUCUCAGUAGCUCUAUUCCUGACAUGUGUUCUGUUUUUACCCCAGACUGCAGCAUUACCAAGUUCUUGAACCGCAUCCUGGGCCUGGAGGUGCACAAGCAGAACUAUCUGUUCCAGUACUUCACCGACAACUUUGACUACCUGAUCGAGAAGGAUAAGAAGGAGGGCAAAUACGACAUGGGUAUCCUCGGUACGGACACCCAGUAGAUUUCACAGAGCAUGUUUAGUAAAACAAAGUGAAAAUGUACGGUAGCCGAAAACACAAACAAAGCUUUUAGACUCUGUGAUAAAGAAAACACAAACACAGAGAGUAUCUGCUGCUCCGUUUUCAUCAUCUAUCAGUAUGCCUUAGACUGGUUACUAGUCUUCUCUCGAUGACCAUUUUAACCUCUUGUCAUUUCCUGUGUCUGACAGACCUGGCCCCGGGUAACGAUGAGAUCUACGAGGAAAAACAGGAAACAUUCCUGACUGUUGGAAACCCUCAGGAUGGACAGGUGGUUCUGUAUAAGGUAAGAACUGCACCACUCAGUGUCAACCAUGUCGGACAAAUGUGUAGACCUAGUUUUCAGGAAGUCUAAUUAACAAAAAGGGUAAAAUAAACCCCCAACAGAUCACCAGUACCAUGGAAACACAUGGAUCUGUGUGUAGAUAUACAGUUAGGUAAGCUCUGGGUCUGUAGCUGAUGAACAGGGACUGAUCUUAAAGCAUUACCUGUAACCAGCAUGUGACUGUAUGAUCCUGUUAUUGAAGGAACACCAUGUUGUUGCCUGCCAAGAGGUGCUAAGCAUUAGAAGACACAUGCUGACUGAAACAUUGUUUUGGUUUUUCUGUUUCUUUUUGUUAAGCCUAGUAGGAUUUAUAGACACACAGCAAACCAGUUUAGCAGUCUUCACAAAUGAGGCCUGAAAUACCAGUGUCUAUGAAUUCAUCUAAGAUUGUUCACUGUAUAGUUUUACACACACACAGACCUGCACAGGCUGCUCCGCUAAAGGUAACUUCACGAGCUUCUUCUGUGCUUAGUUUUGAUUGAUGUCACUUUGCCAGAGGUAAGACUGUGAUCACGCAGUCUUAGCCCGCAGGCCGAGGAGCCUCUGUAGACUCUUGUGGGAGGUGGGAACAGGAUAAUUACUGGUGUCUUCUGCUUUUAGCUGUUGGCUGCAGGCUAACCUACAUUUGACAUUUCAAACUUGGCAACAGGGGCAGAAUGCUGCACAGCUAGGACCAGUUUAGCAAGUAUCAGGAGGGAGAGUGUGUGUGUAUGUCGUGUGCAUGACUGUGCGACGCAAUGAGUUGAUUUCACUUAAUCUGUACACCUAUGUGACUGAGCUGUUUAGGAUAUAUGAAUACGCCAUGACACUGUCUUGACUCUCUGACCUUUUGUGCCCCCUGUAGAUCAGUGUAGACAGAGGUAUGCCCUGGGACGAGGCUUACAACAGGUCCCUGCAGCUAAGCGGUCCCGAUGAGGGAUUCUACCUAUCCCAGAAGGUGAGUUUAGGCUAUGAAGAAACUUGCAUCUGUCAAGUUUAUGAUUUUAUGUAGACCUCAAAACUGCAAUUAAUAAGAUGGAGAAGUUCCUAUAGCAGAUCAAAUCAUUCACUCUGUAUGUUGCGUCUCUACAGCUGCGAGGUAAUCACCCGUGUGUGCUGCUAGCCGAGCAAGGACGGGGAAAGAACCUCAUCGUCUACAAGCCCAAUAUCGGCAAGCAGACCCACCCUGAGAGCCUGGACAACCUGCAGCAACGUUACCGCAAGGUAAUAAGAUAGAAUAUCUCUUGAUAGGUUAAUUUAGGACAGAUUUUUUUAAUGGUUGGGUUUUUUAUGGUGAAAAUUACAUUUCCUGAUGCUGGGAGAAGUUUGAUAAAAGACAAAAUGAGACAUUUUCAGGAUCUACCUGAACUGCAUUUGCAGUCUGAAGCAUACAUUAUAUGUGUGUGUGAUGCCCCCAUGUGGUCGUAGAGGAGUACUGAGCUGGAAGAUGUUUUAUAUAUGACAUUUACAAUGUGACAGUAUUUAUUACAGACUGCAAAACAUAUAAUCAAACACAUUUCCUUUAUAUUUGAAUCAUGUAUAUAAGGGAAACAUGUCCCCGAACAUAAACAAACCCUGACACAGAAAUUGUUCAUUUUAUGUUCCUGUUGACUGGUUUUGUAGUCACGUACUUUUGAAAUCUACAUUAUAAAAUUAAUUUAUUUAGAUAUAAAUAUGACUCAAUCAAACCUAUUGUAGCUGUUAAAGAUCACUUUUCUCAAUGUUGUGUUUUGAAAACUGUGCAUGGCUACGUAUCAAACUGCAGAUAUGAUGUUUUCUCCGCUGAUUUCACUCCCGUUCAUUUCCCGUUCCAGGUGACUCCAGAGGAAGCAAAGGACAGCUGGGACAACCAGUUCACUUUCUCCUUUAAGAAGUGUAGCCAUGCCAACUGGUAAGUACGAAUCCACAACAUCCCUUGGGAUUAAUGGCUAAAUGCAUCCAGUCAGGCUGGUACUUCUUAGGGUGGUUUUAAGGCCAGAUGCCAUUCCCAAGGAUUUGCAGAUCACCUGAGAACUAGUCAUGAAGUAAUAACCUACAAAUCUCACACAUACCUUCGUCACCAAAAGACCUGUUAGGAAAAUGCUUAGAAGGAGAGGUUGUUGAGUGUUCCCUCAACCAGCUAGUUUCUCAGUAAGAAGACUCUUAUUGUGGUUUUUGGUUGUGUGCAUCAAAAUCUGAGUUUGUCUUUUCUGUCCUUCCUCCAGGAAUGGAAAGUGUAAGAAAAUCGAGGAAGGACAAGAGUGUCUCCAGGGCAUGCGCCUUCGUCAGUACCACAUGUUGUGUGGCGCACUGUUGCGUGUGUGGAAGCGCGUAUCUGAUGUUGUGUCUGACAUCACCAGCUCCAGCAUCCUGCAGAUUGUCCGCUUAAAAACCAAGCAGCAUAACAAGCAAGUCGGUGAGUACACCCAUCAGGCUUUAGUGACGUAACACACAUUUUAAUGACCGAGUUUUCAACGGCUGCUCAGACUACACGCAGUCAAAGCACAGGUCGAAUAGUAAAAUGUGACGCUGUUACAGUGAUGAGACUUCUUUAUGAGAAAGUUAAGAGUUGAAACUGUUGUUUGUUUGUUUUUUAUAUAUAUGUAUAUAUAUAUAUAUUUCUACUAAACUUCUGAGCGUACAUAUACCAAACAAAAUGUAUGAAUUGCUUGAACCAGAAACACAAAUCAUUUUGCAAUUCAGAUCGAUCACCAUAAAACUACUGUGUUUUUCAGGCGAUAAGGCGCAUCGAAUUAUACGGCGCACUGUAAAUUUACGUGUCUUUGUUCACACAUGAGGAGCACCGGAUUGUAAGGCGCAUUAAGCACUGUUUGGUUUAUUGUUGCUAGCGCAUACUCCGGGCCCGGGCUGCCGUACAGUCUUAUUCAGGUAGUGCCACAGCGUACCGUAAUGCUCCGAAUAUCAUAUAUAACAUUGAGCGCAGCGGCUUAGUUGCUAACCAAAGUUGUACUUGCACAUUUUGACAGAUUUUUGAGCGCGUUGUACCAUGUGAAAUUGGUCGUCAGUAAGCACAAGUAAUUAUACAUAAGGCGCGCUGGAUUAUAAGGCGCACUGUCAUUUAUGAGCAAAUUUAAGGAUUUUAAGUGCAUUUUUUAGUGCCAAAAAUACAGUAAGUGUGUCUCAUCUCCCAUCCCCUGUGAAUAACUUACAAAUUUAGAAGUAGAAUAAAAUAAAUAUUAACACUGGCACAUUAAGAAGAUCCGUUUUUAGAUAUUUGCUCAUUCUUAGAAACAUAUACAGACUGUUUUAUGCCUGUUAUGUCUGUGUCACUGACAGUUUCUUCUUCACUCUCAGGUAUCAAGAUCCCGGAGAACUGCGUGGCUCGAGUGCGUGAAGAGCUGAUGCUGAUGGACGAGGAGGUGAAGAAGAGGCGAAAGGAGAGGGAGCAGCAGGCUAGAGAGCAACAACUGGCUGAGGAGCACAGGCUAAAAAUGGAACUGGGGAACAAGCACCUCCUCGCGAAUCUGUUCAGCCAGAAACCCAUGCCCAACCAGUCUCUGGCUCAGUCCCUUGCCCAGAAACUGAACCAAAAUGUUCUGCAAAGGACACAAAGCCACCAGCUGCAGAGAAUACAUCCCCAACCCCAGUCCACUUUACAGCAGCCCUCCCAGACCUCGAACCUGCUGUCCCUACAGAGGAGUCUAAACCAAACCCAGCAGAGAUCCCAUAACAGCUGGCCCAAAGGUUCCACCACCACCAACCAGGGUCCUCUGCCCAACAUGGUCAGCCUCAGCUCACAGUUUUACCGCCAGUCCUCCUUUUUACCUCCUUUCUCACAGCUGAAGAACCCGACUCUUCCACUCCAUAAGAAUACACUGCCUCCUAAGGUGUCUUCCAAGAAUCCCCUCGAUGAGAUCCUGGACCUGACUGUGAGUUCACCUUCCCACUCCCCAGACACCACAGACGGUGGGCUGAACCUGGACAGUCUGACGAGACACUCUGCUGUAUUUGAAGAUGAUUUUAAUCUGGAGUCUCUGAUCUCUCAGAGUGCGUCGAACGCCCAGCACACUGCACAAUUACAAACGCCUCUUUUGCUGCAACAACAACAACAACAACAACCGCAGCAGCAGCAGCAGCAACUUUUGCAAGCAACACAGCAGCAGAACCACAGCCUACUGUCCAACAACCACCACCAAGACUUGUUUGAUAUGUUAGAUUUGCCCCUGUCUCCCCAGAUGCCCACACAGAAAGCCAGCCCUUCAUCCUCUACCUCCUCCGCCUCCUCCACUUCCUCUGCCUCUUCUGUGUCAAACAACCUGGUCCCUCACACCUCAGCCGGCCUCCUUCCGUCAUCCACCCUCCUCGCCACAUCACCUUCCUCGUCCCUCUUCUCGAGCCCGUCCUCGUCCUCCUCUCUAUUCUCUAACUCUUCCUCUCACUUCUCCUCCCCUUACCUACUCCCCCAGUCAGACUCGAUUUCUUUACCCAACGGCCACUGCAGUUCAGCCGCUCUCGACGUCCGUGAGGCCCUGAACAGCAUGCUACAGGCCGGGCCGGACCGCAAGUCCGUCAUCCAGUACCGGCAACAGGACUGAAACACCAACGACUUUGUCUGGACUUUCUCUAGGAUUAUUUCGAUUUGUCUUUGAAAGCAGAUUGUCUUGUUUGCUGCUGUCUAUGAUUGCACCCUCGGACCUACUCCCCCCUCUCCCCUCAGGGCCUAUAGUCACGUCACUGCCUGUCCUGCGCUCGGCUCACCCCCCCCCCCCCCCCCCCCCCCUCUCUCUCUCUCCACCUGUAGUGUUCACCGGCUCGAGGCGGUAGAGGUGAUAGCGGGCUUGAUCAAUGUCAGAUUUCUGCACCAAAGCGUGUCCUCCACAGUGAAAAGGCAGCUGUUAAAACAACAUGGAAAAAAAAAGACAUGUGUUCCGUGUAUCAAAUAAUCGAACAUUCGAGCUGUCAAAACAAGCGCUCAUUCAUCGGGGUGUGGUAAUCGUUGAUAAAAACCUCCCGCUGCUGAUUAGACGAGGUAUAGGUGAAGUUGCUGGAAGCUCUAAAUGCCUUUCACUAUUUGAAAACCAUGUCUUUAGACUUUUGCUUUACUGUUACUUCGCUUCAUGGCCAUCUGUCUUGACUAAAACAAGGCUGUAUGCAAGGCUUAAUUUGAGAGUGAUAGUGUUGAACUGGAAGAAGAGAUAAAACAAAACUUUUUGGCUGAUGAAGCCGCGAAAUGCCUCAGUUUUCAUUCUUUCUUCUAAAUGCUCCCUCUUGUUUCUCUCCCAGCUCGUAUGAACACUAGUGUGAGGAAAAAGGGAGAGGAAGAGAAGUCUGCUGUUGCAAACAGUGCCUUUGGAGAAAUCUAUAAAUGCAGUCUUUAAAAAUCCAUGUAGCCUAAUGUAUAGAUUUGUACUCUUUAGCAUUGGUUAUAAUUUAAAUAUGGUAUAUUUGUAUUUAACUUUUUGCCCCCUCAGUGAGUUUGUCGUCGUUGUUGUUGUCGUUGUUCGGCUGCGCUGGAGGUGGGUUUCAGGAAGAAGCCUCCGUUCGGCGUGUGUGUGCUUGUACGACUGUCUGAGUUGCUGCUUUAAAAACAGAGGCGGCAGAUGCUUCGUGUGUCCUGUCCCUGCUUUCCUGUUGAUAAAGAGUGGUUAUGGCGCAGUUCACUGAUCGGCAUCCAUAAAAGUUGUGUCCAAAAAUUUUAUCUCUCGUUUUUAUAUAUAAAGCUGACAAUAACUUGUAUAGAUGUGACUCCUGGUAUGAUUUGAUUUUGAAUUUCUCAGGAAAGUCUCAAGUGCGUUGUCGUCUUUCUGUGUGAUUUUGACCAAUACAGAUUUGAAAUUUGUUCAAAGCGUUCAACCACAGUGAAUGACGGAAGAAUUUCAAGUUUUAAUCGUCCUGAAUUCUGACUAGAACAUCCUGUUUUUCACUUUAGUGUGAGCGGUAAAAUCUGAGACAAACUUUUCAUUUUGUGUUUCCAUUUCAGGCAUCAAGGCUUUAAAACCUUUGAAACGUGUCGACUUGUAUUUGUUCACUGUGUAAAAUAGUUCACCUUUUGAAAAACCUGUGAGGUCGGCCAUCUUUGUGUGAAAAAGAUGCACUGGUGUUAGUUUAUAUCAAAAUGCCGGGACACAUUCAAGUGAUUAAAAAGCAAUAAAAACCAGAUUCUACAUUUGUUAAGAUACUUAAAUGCAUAAGUACUGUUUACGCUCAACAGGCAAAGCUUUGUGGUUACCUUUGCAUGGUAUAAACCUUCUUUUCUGUUGUGCUUCAUAGUCCUUUAGAUAAACAGAUCCUUUAAGCAUACAUUUGUAUAGUAAGUUUCACAAGAUGAACACAAUGCAUUCUUGAUGUUUUAGUCAUUGUUAUUAUAAAAUUUAUUGUUAUUUAUAUUUAAGGGAUAUUUAGAUUUAAGAUAUGUUAUCCUGCUUUUUAGAGUAGUUCAAAUAUUUGGUCAGGGAAGUUUCUAGUUUUCAAGAUUACUAUAAGACAAAUUUUAUUAUAACCUGCCACCAAAUAAGAUUGCACUGUUCUGUACUGCUGCACAGUGUCCGGAUUUCUUUCUGCUCACUUCAGUUUUGCAUUUUCUCAAGUAGACUUCUUUCUCUAACUUGUAGAUCUUUGUCAGGCCUCCGGUUUGCAGAGAUAUACCAAAGUGUUCCACAGACGUCGCAAAAGUUAUGACUCUAAGAUAUCAGAACUUUUAUCAAUCUCAGGAAGAAACCAACAAGAGGUGUAAAGGCGGGGCAUACGCAGAAUUAAUAAAUUUCCCCUUUUAGCAGUGGUGAAACUAACCAAUACAUGUGCUAUUUUUCUUAUCCCUGUGCUGUGACUCUUGCUGUAUUUAUGUUCUAGACUAAAUGUGAUGGAUUUGUUGUUUGUCCUCGUGAAAAUGUCGGUGAUUUUAAUGUUUAUGCCUUCUUAGGGCAAAUUUCAAAGGCUGUUUCGUUUAAAGGAGCAUGAUUUUUCUGCUGACAGUUUCAUUUUCAUUUGUGUUGCAGAUGACAUUAAAACCCGUUUGAAGCUGACAUAUAUAUGAGUCAAUUUGCACUUGGAUUAUUCUGAAGUGUGCAACUGAUCUGUCCAAGCCUCUACCCCUCCCUCAGUGUAACAGAUGUUUAGAUGUAGACUUACUUUCUGGCCACAUAUUCAGAUUCUUCCUGCUCCUUUUAUUGACUGCAUUUCUUCCUUUUUUUUUUCCCCCUCAUACCCUCAAAAACUGCUUUAAUAUUCCAAAUCGGGCACAUUCCAUCACAUCAGUCUGCAAAAGAUUUACUUUUGAUUUUGUGUUUUAUAAUCUCACUUUUAAGCUUUAUGCAUUUGAGGGUAUGGAUCCCAUGUUUAGAAAAAAAAACAAAAAAAAAAAACAGGCUUUUGUAAGAAUCCUUUAUUAGCGUAGUUAUUAGCCUCUCAUCAGUUUAUUAUCAUUUUGCACUAAGAAUGGCAUAAUCAAGUUACUGUUCUCUUGUUGGAUAUGAUUGAGCAUUGCAAGUUUGUUGUGUUUCUGAUCUUUGAUGGAUAGUUCUGUGUAAACUGUAACCAUUUCUCUUGUUUCUCCACCGUUUGCAUAUUAUAUGUUAUCAAUGUUAUCACUCUCAAAUAAUUUAUUGUAACAAAAAUGAAACAAAAAACAUGCUACUGAUUGUAUGUAUUUUUAAACAAAGCCUAUUUUUUCUGUAAAAAAAAAAAAAAGGAACUGUGUUCAGCACUUUUAUUCUGGGUUGUGCUUUUGUUUUCUAUAUAUUUAUAAUUUAGAUCCAAAUGUAUAUAUUGUAAAAUUUGUGCCUUCGACUAAUUCUUUAAAAAGGUUUUCUACUCAUUUAAGGAAGGACUAUAUGAAAAUGCAAUCUUAACUUUGUAAACAAAUAAAAACUUGAGGAUUGCAGAAA